CCCGGCAGGACGACAGUGGAGAUACCCGAUAUUUCGAAUGAACAAGUACACGAAUUGCUGCGAACAAUCAGUGAAACUGCCUAGUGGUUAGGAUUAUUUAUUCAUAGUUUUUAUUCAUCGACGAGAGGUUUUUAUUUCAUACAUUAAAAUUGCGCCGAAGGACAUUAUUUAUCGGGGUUCCAGGAGAGGAGAAGAUCAAGGUGGAGGCUGGAGUCAGCCAUGGGGACGGCGAAGAUGAAACAUCUUUGGCCGUUGGUGGCGUGGAUUCUCCUGUCCUCGUGUCCGGUGGAUUCCAUCAAAGGAAUCGGACGUGGAUCGAGACGGGAGGUAUUCUUUCUAAAUCUCGAGGAUGGAUAUUUCGGUUGUCAAGUCAAUGCAUCGACUGACAUUCUACAAUUAUUGGAACUGUCGAGACUGUGUGACGGUAAAAACGAUUGUUACCAGGGGGUUGACGAAGACCGGACUACCCUCAAGUGCACAGCUGACUGUACAAAAGAUGAUGGCACUAAAUGCCAGAAUGGGGUGUGCCUUGACUCAGUGUGCCACUGCAAUGAUGGCUUUGGCGGGUGCAAUUGUCAAGUGCCAGAUGAAAACGAGUGCAAGUACAGGCCCUGUGAUAUUUUUGCCCACUGUACGAACACCCUCGGUGGUUUCCACUGUUCCUGUUACCCUGGCUACAGCGGUGAUGGCUUCACCUGCGAAGAUAUAAAUGAAUGUGAAGACCCAACGUUGGCAGCGCGAUGCGUUGAGAAUGCUGAAUGUUGUAAUUUACCGACAAAUUUCCUUUGUAAAUGCAAGCCAGGAUUUACCGGUGAUGGUGAGAUACAUUGCGAGGAUGUUAACGAGUGUCAAUAUGAAGGGACGUGCGGUGACAAUGCGUAUUGUCACAACACUAUUGGCAAUUUUACGUGCAAUUGUCAGGAAGGAUUUACGGGUAAUCCAUACAAGAGUUGCGAAGACAUAAACGAAUGCACGUAUGAGAACGCCUGUGGGCCGAACGCUCAUUGCAUAAAUCUCCCAGGUGCGCAUCGUUGCGAAUGUCCGGAGGGCUUUGAGGGUAGCCCAGAGGCUGGUUGCAUCGAUGUUAACGAAUGUGCAAGAAGUCCUUGUGGACGUUCUGCAUUAUGUACGAAUCUCGAGGGUAGCUUCAGGUGUUCGUGUCCUGAUGGAAUGGACGGCGAUCCCUUCGCCGGUUGUCACGACAUCGACGAGUGCGAGCUGAACAAUCCCUGUGGAAAGGACUCACAGUGUGUUAACAAAGAAGGGGGUUUUGAGUGUCAAUGCCUCCAGGGCUUUCAGAAGGAUCCGAUUUUAGGUUGUGUUGAUGUUAAUGAAUGUUCGAGAGACAAUGCCUGCGCUGCAAACGCCAAAUGUAUAAAUAUCCCGGGAUCCUACAAGUGUAUUUGCCCUCAGGGCUUCGUCGGACAGGGACUCAUUCACUGCGAGAAUGUUAACGAAUGCAAGAAAAAUCCGUGCGGCGAGAACGCCGAAUGCGUGGAUACACUGGGAAGUUUCAUAUGCAGAUGUAAACAGGAUUACACUGGAGAUCCAUUCAAUAAGUGCACCGAUAUCGACGAGUGUAAUGUACUAGUGAAUCCCUGCGGAGUGAAUGCCAUUUGCAGAAAUGCGGUGCCUGGUUACAGCUGCGAAUGUCCGCCAGGAUAUACCGGAAAUCCGAAUCCUACUGUAGCUUGUGAUCAGACCGAUGUGACAACCCUCUGCAAAUCGAAUUUCGACUGCGUAAACAAUGCUGAAUGUAUCGAGGGUCAGUGUUUCUGCAAGGACGGUUUCAAGGCCAGUGGUGCUGAGUGCGUGGACCUCAACGAGUGCACAACAAAUCCCUGUGGUCCAUCAUCGGUAUGCACAAAUACCCGAGGAAGUUAUCACUGCGCAUGUGAGACCGGUUUCAUUGGUACACCGCCACAUGUACCAUGCAAAGCACCAUGCGAUGAUGUAACAUGUGGUGAGCACGCAUACUGCAAGCCCGAUGGUCAUGAGGCUUACUGCAUCUGCGAGGAUGGCUGGACAUUUAAUCCAAAUGACAUAUCAGCUGGUUGUGUUGAUAUAAAUGAGUGCGACGCUGUAAAUGGUCCCUCAGGACGUUGCGGUAGAAAUGCAAUAUGCACUAAUACACCUGGAGGUUUUACGUGUCAGUGUAAAUCCGGCUACUCUGGCAAUGCAUUUAAGCAGUGCAUUGAUGUGGAUGAAUGUACGAGAGGAGACGCCUGUGGUCAUGGUGCUAGUUGUACCAAUACCGAGGGUGGCUACAAUUGUGUAUGUCCUGAAGGCACUAUACCAGAUCCUGAUCCAUACAUCAAGUGUGUCGGUGUUGUUACCUGUGAAUUAGAUGCUGAUUGCCCUGGUAAUGCCAUCUGCGAUCCGCAAAAAAGGUGUCUCUGUCCAGAGCCAAACGUUGGAAACGAUUGUCGACAUCCUUGUGAGGACGUGUUUUGUGGUCCGAAUGCCCAUUGCAUGCUCCUAAACGACAUUGCUACAUGCCUCUGCAGCAAUGGCUUCACCGGAAAACCCGGAAUCAAGGGUGGCUGUACAGACGUCGACGAGUGCGCUGGCAAUCCAUGCCCACCAGGUGCUAUUUGCAACAAUGAGGCUGGGGCAUUCUCGUGUCAAUGCCCGAGUGGAACGACUGGUGAUCCUUACAUUGGUGGCUGUCAAAAAUCUGAUUUACCUCACAUAUGUGGCCCGAGCACACCUUGCCCAGCUGGAGAACAGUGUAUCAAGGAUGAAUUUAUUGGCAACAGUGUUUGCAUUUGCCAGAGAGGAUACACGCGUGAUCAUGAGACUGGUAAAUGCAGGGAUAUUAAUGAGUGCAUGGAACACAGGGAUAAACCAGCGUGUGGUAUUAAUGCUAUCUGCAAGAAUUUACCGGGAAGUUAUGAAUGCCAGUGUCCAGCUGGAUUCAACGGAAAUCCAUUUACUCUCUGUGAAGAGUGCAAUACAAUCGAAUGCCAAUGUCAACCCCCGUACAAACUGGUAGACGGUAAAUGUAUGCUAGCUGGUUGUUCAAAAGGCGAGUCCUGUCCAACCGGCGCUGAAUGUAUCACAAUAGCCGGUGGAGUUAGUUAUUGCGCCUGUCCAAAGGGCUACAGCACCCGUCCCGAUGGCUCCUGUGAGGAUAUUAACGAGUGCACAGAAGGCCGUCAAGUCUGCGGUUACGGAGCUGAGUGUAUAAACAUCCCUGGAUCACAUCAAUGUACAUGUCCCCAUGGUUACGGUGGAGAUCCAUACAAUGGAUUGUGCUCACCCGCCCAGAAACGUUGUACAAGUGAUGCCGAGUGCCGAGCAAAUGAGAAAUGCGUUCAGCCUGGAGAAUGCGUAUGUCCUCCACCAUUCUAUACAGAUCCAUUGGAUGGUAAUCAGUGUAAAAAUCCAUGUGAUCGUUUCCCUUGUGGAAUGAAUGCCAAAUGCACCCCCAGUGAUCCACCGAAAUGUAUGUGCGAGACCGGUUACGAGGGAGAUCCUCAGCACGGUUGUGUCGAUGUCAACGAGUGUGCUAAUAAUCCUUGUGGACAUGGUGCAUAUUGUAUAAACAACCGAGGUGGCCACAUUUGUGAAUGUCCACGAGGUACUGUGGGCGAUCCUUACGGUGGUGGAUGCACUGGUGCUAUUCAACCACGUCAAGAGUGCUCGAGCAAUCAUGACUGCGAUAAUUAUCUCGCCUGUGUCCAAGGAAGUUGUGUCAAUCCCUGUGAUAAUGUACCAUGUGGACCGAAUGCCUAUUGCGAGCCCGAUAAACACGCCCCUUGGUGUCGAUGUGUUGUUGGUUUCACAGAGGGAAGAAACAAUGAGUGCGUAUCACAGUGCGAUGGCUUUGUAUGUGGUGCUGGGGCUCAGUGUAUCGUCUCUUAUGACGGUCCAACUUGCAAAUGCAUCGAAGGCUUCAUGGGCAAUCCAUUUCCAGGUGGUCAGUGUGCACCUGAUGUGUGCUCCCAGGAUGUACCGUGUCUUGAGCCCAGUGUUUGUGUCAGUGGCCGGUGUAAAAAUCGUUGUGAGGGUGUUACUUGUGGCAUUGGUGCAACAUGUGAUCCACAGACUAAUAAGUGUGUUUGUAAUCCUUACUUCGUUGGUAAUCCAGAUCUACUCUGUAUGCCGCCAAUUGAGCCACCAAAAUGUCUACCAGACUGCGGGGCUAAUGCACACUGUGAGUAUGAUUUUCCUGAAUUUAAAUGUAUCUGCAAUCCUGGGACAACGGGAAAUCCUUAUCAGGGUUGUGGCGCUCAGAAGAAAUCUGAGUGUACAACAUCCACUUGUGGAAUUGAUGCCCAUUGUCAUGCUAGUCCUCACGCGGUUGAAUGCCUUUGUCCACCUGGUUAUGCUGGUAAUCCAUAUAUUCAGUGUCAUGACAUUAAUGAGUGUAAUGGGAAUGCCUGUGGGGCUCAUGCUGUUUGUAUCAACACCAUUGGCAGCUACGAUUGUAGAUGUAAAGAGAACUUCUUUGGAAAUCCCUUCAUCGGAUGUUCCGCGGUACAACCUGGUCCCUGUAGCGAUCCCGCGUCUUGUCAAUGUAGCAUCGAUGUCCCAUGCCCAAUGGAUUAUACUUGCGUAGGUGGCAAGUGUAUCAAUAAAUGUCAUGAUGUCAAAUGUGGGCCCAAAAGUGUCUGUCAGGAUGGCAAUUGUAUCUGUCCCUCUGGAUACACUGGAAAUCCCAAUGAGUCCGGUGGAUGUCAUCUUAUUGGUCAUUGCUCAAACGAUUUCGAUUGUCAACCCCAGCAGAUUUGCUUCCAAAUAGGGAAGGGAGUACGAAAAUGUGUUGAUGCAUGCUCGAAACUUCAAUGUGGACCGAAUGCCCUCUGCGUCACCCAAAAUCAUGUUUCCUCUUGUCUGUGUGUGGACGGAUACUUUGGGAAUCCCAGUAAUCUCAUCGAUGGAUGUAUACCACAUCGAUCUGCCACGGUUGACCGCUGCACCCAUAACACUGAUUGUCCAGUGGGCCAUAUAUGCCUGCUGGAUGAUGGUGUUCGUCAGUGUGUCAAUCCCUGCCGAAGUGUGGUGUGCGGGGCCCACCAGAAGUGCGUGGCUGAUGCCACAGGUCACACUUGCAAGUGUGAGGAUAGUUACGAAUGGAAUCCGGUGUCAUCUAGUUGCGAGAAGCCCUCAGUACCCGACUGCAUUCAGGACUCAGACUGUCAUUCAACAGCAGCUUGCCGACCUGAUGCUCUAGGAGUUCUCAAAUGCAUUCCGAUCUGCGAAACCUUCAAUUGCGCUCCAAACGCUCAAUGUGUCGCCAGUAAUCAUCAGGGUGCGUGUGAAUGUCUGGCAGGAUUUUCUGGAAACCCCAAUGACCGGAGGGGCUGUCAAAGCGCACGACAAAACAGGUGCACCACGGAUUCUGAAUGCUCUGAAGAUCAAGCUUGUAGAUCCUCCGGUGACAUUCUGAUCUGCCUUCCGGUCUGUACGUUUAUUAGUUGUGGGCCAAAUGCACUUUGCGUCGUCAAUAAUCACGAAGCUCACUGUGAGUGUCCACCCGGAUUGUAUGCAGGUGAUCCAAAUAAUUCGACAAAUGGUUGUAAGGAAGUGCCGUGUGUCUACAACAUCGACUGCCCACCAACGCAACUCUGCAAUCGAUUGACUCACACCUGUCACAAUGUCUGCAACGAGCACUCCUGUGGAAUUAAUGCUGUCUGCAUUGCUGAUGAUCAUCGAGCGAUAUGUCAAUGCCCACCAGGUUUCAAACCGAACCCAGUGGCGGAUGUUGGUUGCGCAGCAGUAGAAGCAUGCAACCCAAAUCCUUGUCAUCCCACCGCCGUCUGUGUUGUUGGAGCCAAAGAUUCACCAGUCUGCCAAUGCCAACCCGGACAAGUUGGUGAUCCUUACGAAGCUGGAUGUAUUCCAGAAGGAUCCUGUCGCAGUGACAAAGACUGCCCUGUGCAUGCAAUCUGUCAGAAUCACAGGUGCUUCAAUCCCUGCGAAAAUGCAUGUGGACCGAAUUCCAUCUGUCAGAUAGUCAACGGUGAAACGAUCUGCAAAUGCAUCCAUCGUUUUGUCCCAUCUGUCGAAGGCCCUCAGCACGGCUGUGUCAGGAGCAACACCUACUGUUCGUCAUCAGCUGAUUGUCCUGAUGGCAAUUGCCUCGAUGGUCAAUGCAGAGCUGUCUGCAGAUCUAUAGACGACUGCGCGGCUGGUGAGAAAUGUGCCAACAGCGUAUGUGUCAUUCCCUGCGUCACUCCCACUCAAUGUCAAUCAGAUCAAACUUGCCAUAAUGGGAUCUGCAUUCUCGGUUGCCGAAGCAACAAAAAUUGCCCCGUGGAGCAAUCAUGCAUCAACAGCCGCUGUCAGAAUCCCUGCGUCAAGGAUAACGUAUGCGGACCGAAUGCCAUCUGCAGCUGCAUUGACCAUAACACCCAAUGCUUCUGUCCUGAUGGCUUCCAGGGUAAUCCAACUCCUCAGCAGGGCUGUGUUAGAGUGCCAAAUGUCUGCUCAACAGAUCAUGAAUGCCCUGCCCAACAUCAAUGCACCGCAGGCUUUUGUCAGUGCACUUGUACAUCGAAGGCCAAUUGUGCACACGGAGAAAGAUGUAAAAAUGGCUUCUGCGUCAAAGUCUGUUAUGGAAACGGUAAUUGUCUUCCUGGUGAGCAUUGUGUUGAUGGUACGUGUGAAUUGGGCUGUACUUCUGAUGCCGGAUGUCGAAGUGAUGAAGUUUGCAUCAACGGAAAGUGCCGUUGUAGUCAUGGCUUCAUAUUCGGUGGGGAUAAGUGCGUUGACGUUAACGAAUGUAAUGAGCAUCCCUGUCAUCCAUCAGCUGAAUGUAUCAAUCUUCACGGAAGUUAUCGAUGCCUUUGCCCUCCUGGCACAGCUGGAGAUCCCGUUGGAACUGGUUGUCUGAUUCCUAACCAAUGUAAAGACAAUAACGACUGUAUAGAUUCCCAGGAAUGCGUUGAUCACACGUGUAUCGAUCCAUGUUCGAUAGUUGAUUGUGGAGAGAACACCAUAUGUUCUGUUAUUGAUCAUCAAGCGGGCUGUCAAUGUCAGCCAGGAUUCAUUGGAGAUGCCUCGGGCUGUUUCAAAGUCGAAUGUUUGACCGACAAUGAUUGUCCAAGUGACAAAUACUGUAAUCGGGAGAGCAACAAAUGCUCCAGCCCCUGCAAUAGAGUCAACUGCGGUUACGGAAAUUGCGUAGCGGUAGCGCAUAAUGCUGUAUGCAAGUGUCAUCCAGGAUUCGAACUCGUCGGUGACGUCUGCGUGGAUAUUGACGAGUGUCUUCAUCACCCCUGUCACCCGAGCGCCAUUUGUGAUAACACAGAGGGCGCGUACACUUGCGUAUGUCCUCGUGGACUUGUCGGUGAUCCAGUUGACAUUGGCUGUAAGAAACCAGGCGACUGUUUCAGUGAUUCCGACUGUCCCACAACUGCUGCAUGUGUGGAUAAUACUUGUAGAAAUCCGUGUGAUGUUUCCGAGCAGUAUAAACCAUGUGGCCGUAAUGCGGAAUGUCAUGUGCGGAAUCAUAUCGUACAGUGUCGAUGCCCAGGACAAAGUAAGGGGAAUCCCAAGGUGGAGUGUGUCAAGAACGAAUGCAAUUAUCAUAGCGACUGUGCGCCCUCCAACGCCUGUUUCGAUCACAAAUGUGUGGAUCCUUGCUCAGUGCCAAAUGUAUGCGGUCAUGGAGCUGAUUGCUCACCCCUGAACCAUUCCGCUGUUUGCACCUGUCACCCAGGUGGAACUGGUGAUCCGAACCUCGGUUGCACACCUGUACAAUAUUGCAAGACUGAUAGCCAAUGUCCCACUGGGGCAUCUUGCAACGGAGGAAUCUGUACAUCCUUGUGUUCAACAGUUCGAGAUUGCAUUGCCGAUCAGCUGUGUAUAAAUGGGCUGUGUCGACCAACCUGCAGGUCCAAUUCGACCUGUCCAGAGUAUCAGUACUGUCAGAAUAACAUCUGUGUUCAAGAAUUUCGCUGCAGCGAAGAUCACGACUGCGGUUAUGAUGAGAAAUGUAUCAAUAAUAAUUAUGGACAGGCCGAGUGCAAAUCUUCCUGCGAUCUUAUUCUCUGCGGCAGGAAUGCUCAGUGCAAGUCUGAUAAUCAUAAGGCGACAUGUGCCUGUGAUCACGGCUUCUUCGGUGAUGCUUAUGACGACAAGAUGGGAUGCCAGCCAAUAGAAUGUAAAACUCAUGACGAAUGCUCGGACGAGAAGAUCUGUGAUCAUCAUAAAUGCAGAAUCGCCUGCCUGGCGCAUAAUCCAUGUGGUGUGAAUGCCAUUUGUACGGCACGUCAUCACGAUCAACUGUGCACUUGUCAACCGGGCUUCACAGGCGAGCCGACCCAGGGCUGCCAUUUGAUAGAUUUCUGCGCAACAUCUCCGUGUGCUCCAGGAGCAGUUUGCACCAAUUCCCGUGGAACAUAUAAAUGUCAUUGUCAACCUGGUACCGUUGGAGAUGCGUACAAUAGUGGGUGCCAGAUUCCAGUUGAGUGCUUGAAGGAUACGGACUGUCCGCUGACAGCUAAAUGUCUUGAAAUAAAUGGAAUCCCGAAAUGUGCAGAUGUUUGUUCAAGAAUCAACUGCGGUCCAAAUGCUGAAUGCAACGCAGCUGAUCAUGCAGGUACUUGCAGAUGUCGUCCAGAGUACGAAGGCGAUGCAAACGACCUUCGUAUUGGAUGCAGACCCCAACCAGUGGCCUGUAUACACUCUCGCGAAUGUCCUGUCAAUACUUACUGCUAUGAAAAUGUCUGUCGACCUUCAUGUCAGUCGGAUGAGGAGUGCAAUUUGUCAGACAGAUGUCUGAAUGGUCAGUGUUUAGAUCCUUGUGCUAUCAGAGCUGCCUGCGGUAUUAACGCCGAUUGUCGAGUGGUCAGUCAUGUCAAGAGCUGCAGUUGUCCUCCAGGUUUCACAGGUAAUUCCGAAGUUGAGUGCGUAAGGUUGCCAGUCUCCUGUCAUGGCCACGAGGACUGCAGCCAUGGAAACACCUGCAGGGAUAAUGUGUGCUUACCCGUCUGUACAUCUGAUAAUGAAUGUGCAUUUAAUGAGAAGUGCGUCAAAGGAAACUGCCUCCUGACCUGCCGCCUGGACAACGAUUGCUUUUUGGGACACAUCUGCCUUAACAACAUGUGUUCAUACGGUUGUCGCGCUGAUGAGGAUUGUAAUGCCAACGAGGCAUGCUCUAGUAACAAAUGCGUUAAUCCUUGUGAGGCAACCCCAUGUGGUCCUAACGCCAAAUGCACUGUCAUCAAUCAGAGAGCGUCUUGCACAUGUCCUGAUGGGUUUAUUCCAAAUCCAUCAGCUAGAGUCGCUUGUUCCAGAACUCCAGGACCAGUAUGUGAUGCAAACAGGGACUGCUUAGCAGGUAUGGCCUGUGUAGCCGGCACCUGUUCACCAGUAUGUUCUUCGGAUGCCAAUUGUCUGAGUAAUGAACGUUGCGAUGCAUCAGGAAUCUGUAAAUCAUUGUGCAGACAAGACGAGGAUUGCAGGAGUGGUGAAAUUUGCGAAGGCUUGGUCUGUAGAAUUGGAUGCCGAUCUGAUUUAGACUGCCCCCUGAAUCUUGCCUGCAUCAACAAUCAGUGCAUUGAUCCCUGCAGGGUAACAGACAGCUGCAGCACAAAUGCUGAUUGCAGUGUCUUCAACCACCAGAAACAAUGCAGUUGUCCUCCACCACUCCUAGGUGAUCCUAUCAUCGGUUGUCGUAGGAACUUCGUUUCAUGUUCGACCGAAGCUACUUGUCAACCGGGUUACGUAUGCUAUGGUCACGUCUGCUUUGCUGCUUGUCGAAGUGAUGGAGAUUGCCUGAAUGACGAACGUUGCGAUACUGGCGUAUGUAAAUCCAUUUGUAACACCGACGAUCAUUGCUCAACAAAUCAGAUAUGUGAGAACCGUAUUUGCGAAUUGGGAUGCAGAAGCGAUCUCUCAUGUCCCAACGAUGAGGCAUGUGUCAACAAUAAGUGUCAUAAUCCUUGUGAAGGUGGCAAAGCUUGUGGAGAAUGCGCUGGCUGCAGGGUCGUUGAUCAUGACGCACAGUGCAGUUGUCCUCCCAAUUACUACGGCAAUGCUCUCGUCAGCUGCACCAAAUCGAUGAUUCCAUGUGAUGGCACUUGCGAAUGUGAUGAUACAGGUUUUUGCGUCAAGAGUUGUGGUACUAACGAUUAUUGCUCGUGCGGAGAAAUUUGCAAUGGGGGAAAAUGCAGGGUCAAGUGUGACUCCAAUAAUUCAUGUGCCAAAGGGUACAUUUGUUCCCAUGGUAUGUGCAUCAAUGGGUGUCGCACGCACUCUGAUUGUCCAGCAUCGUUGUCAUGCACCAACGGUCAAUGUGAAGAUCCUUGCUUGGUUUCGGGCUCACCCUGCGGUAUCAACGCCCUCUGCAGGGUCUCCAGUCAUCGAGCGGUUUGUCUGUGCCCUGAGGGGUAUCAGGGCGAGCCCAGCCAGGAGUGUUAUCAACUGGAGUGCCACAGAAAUGAGGAUUGCGAUCCCAACAAGCAAUGCAGCGCUAAUGGAGUAUGCACUAAUCCUUGUCUUCAGCAUGGGGCUUGUGGAUUCAAUGCCCAGUGUCGGGUUGUUGAUCGUCAUGCCCAGUGCUCCUGUCCACCUGGACACUACGGAAAUCCAUUGGUCAACUGCAAACCAGGAGGUGACGAGUGCCUACGAAGACCUUGUGGCGUCAACGCCAAGUGCCGUGAAACUACUAAUGGUUUCGAGUGCACAUGUGCACCCGGAUGUUACGGCGAUCCGCAUAAAGUAUGCGCAUGCAAAGAUGAAGAUUUGUGUCGUGAUACGAGUUGUGGGGUCAAUGCUGCCUGCAGAAUUUACCGAAAACAACCUCAAUGUUAUUGCCCUCCAGAGUUUCCCUCCGGUGAUCCCCUCCAUGCUUGUAGCUCUGAUAAGAGCGCACUUGACUGUCGCACGACAGGCUGCGGAAAGGGGGCUGAAUGCAUUCGAGAUGGACCAAUUUUUGUCUGCAGAUGUCCUCCUGGCAGUGCUGGCUCUCCCGAUUCCGAGUGUAAAAUAGAGAGAGAAUGCACGAGCGACUCGGAGUGUCCGAACGAGAAGGCCUGUAUAAAUCUCCAGUGUUUGGAUCCCUGCGCACUGCGUGGUGCCUGUGGCAAGAAUGCCCUGUGCCGUGUUAUACUUCACAAACCCCGAUGUACAUGCCCGCAGUGUUACGUUGGUUCACCCCAGACCUCAUGCAGACCAGUACCAAAAUGUCAAUCACCCAAUCCACCUGAAAAAAUACCAAUAGAUUGUACAACCGACACAGACUGUCCAGAGAGUCUCUCAUGCCAUGGUAAAACUGGUGAAUGCCGUGAUCCAUGCAUAACAGCUGGCAAUUACAAUUGCGAAUCAAAUAAACGUUGUCAAGUACGUGAUCAUCGUCCAAUGUGUGUUUGCAAACAUGGAUUUGUUGUUAAUGACGUUGGUGAAUUGACAUGUGCCCCUGAAACAUCAUCAUGUGCUCGUGAUGUUGAUUGUCCAUCGAAUGCUGCAUGCAUACACAGCAAAUGCCAGAAUCCAUGUGUCAAUGGUAGAAGUAGAAAUGGCCCAUGCACUGACGGAAAAAUAUGCGAUGUACUUGAUCAUCGUCCUAUAUGUAUUUGCACUAAAAAUUGCAAUCCCACCUUGUCAAUAUGUCUUCGUGAUAACGGCUGCUCAACCGACAUGGCAUGCCGCAAUUAUAGAUGUAUGGAUCCGUGCAGCAUUGCCAACUGUCCCGCUGAUGCACCCUGUUACGUCGAGGAGCACAGGCCUGUCUGCAAGUUCUGUCCCCCUGGCUUCGUGCCCGAUUCUAAAUACGGAUGCAUGAAAGACGUCAAAUGCACAACGCACGACGAGUGUCCAGCACAGCUAGCCUGUAUCGAUGAACAGUGCUUGAAUCCAUGCACAUUGGGAAAUCCUUGUGACUAUGUUGAAGAUUGUCAUGUGCAAGAUCAUCGACCAGUCUGUGUUAAGAACGACAAGACAGCAGGAUGCGGCUACUGUCCUUUGGGCCACGAAUGCGAUCCAAUAACGAACACUUGUAUUAAAGCCGGUUGUACCAGCGACCGUGACUGCGCACUCACGGAGACGUGUGUGGGUCAUAUAUGCCAGGAGCCCUGCCUCAUCAGGAACCCUUGUGUUGCUCACGCUGUCUGUAUCAAUACCAAUCACGGGACUGAUUGCAGUUGCGAGGAGGGAUAUCACGGAAAUGGGUUCAGCUUAUGUAAACCAGUGUCGAGUGGUGGUGACGUGUGUCAAUACAACGAAGAUUGUCCGCCCAAUAAGUAUUGCGAUCGCUUGAAUCGUCGCUGCAUAAAUCCCUGUGCCGAAGACAGCUGUGGUGACAAUGCCGAAUGUUACGUAGAAAAUCACGCGGCCCACUGUAGAUGUCCACCAGGUACAGAAGGCAAUCCUCAGGUGGCUUGUGAAGCUAUCACUGGACGUAAUCCAUGUAUCCCAAAUCCAUGUGGUUUCGACGCAUUAUGUGAGAUUGACAAUGGUGAUCCCAUCUGCUUCUGUCCAAAAGGUAUGACUGGUAAUCCAUUUGAACAUUGUAUUCCUGAAGGCGAUAAAUGCCAAGGAAACCCUUGCGGUGUUAACUCUGGAUGUCGCGUUGUCAAUGGCCAAGUCAAGUGUUUCUGUUUGCCGGGUUAUGAAGGCAAUCCUCCUAACACACUUUGCACAUUACCGGAGAACCCAUGCGAUCCAUCGCCCUGUGGCCCGAAUACAAGAUGCAGUAUUCUCGGAAAUGGUCUAGCUAAAUGCACCUGUCUUCCUGGAUUUAUAGAAUCUCCAAAUACCAUUCGUGGUUGUAUAGAGCAAGUUAAUCCCUGCCAACCAAAUCCAUGCGGUCAUGGAGCCAUAUGUGAUGCCAUUCGUCAACCGCCUUGCUAUUGCCCUGAAAAUACCAUUGGAAAUGCUUACAAGAGUUGCACAGAAGUCGCUGUUAUUCCUCUGUGCCAACCAGGCCCAUGUGGAACUAAUGCUGAUUGUUACAUCUCCGAAAAUCGUGAACAAUGUUAUUGUCGAUAUGGAUUCAUUGGUGAUCCAUACGCUGGAUGUCAUCAGCCCCCAUCGAGCCCCUGCCAACCGAGCCCUUGCGGUCGUAAUGCUAUAUGUCGUGUCACAGAUUCAGGUCAAGCCAUCUGUGAAUGCGCACCAGGUACCUCUGGUGAUCCAACAAGUCCGUCAGGUUGCGAUAGUUUCGAAUGCACAAAAGACGAUGAUUGUCUGCAAUCAUUAGCCUGUAUCGGAUACACAUGUCAAAAUCCAUGUCUCGGUGCGUGCGGUGUCAACGCUAAUUGUCGCGUUGAACUCCAUCAUCCGGUUUGCUUCUGUCGUGAGGGUCUGUUUGGAAAUCCCAUGUACAGAUGCUGUGAACCAAUGGAUCCAACACCACCAAAAACACCUUGUUAUCCAAAUCCCUGCGGGCACAAUACAUUCUGUCGUGUUAUGCAAGAUCGAGCUGUUUGUUCUUGUCUACCAGACUUCUUAGGAGAUCCACAGACAGGAUGCCUUCCAGAAUGCACCAUCAACUCUGACUGUCCGAAUGACAAAGCCUGUAUUAACAUGAAAUGCACAAGUCCAUGCGCUUUGGGAAAUGUCUGUGGAGUUAAUGCUGAGUGCCGCGUGUCUUAUCACACUGCAACUUGCAUUUGCGAUAGGAAUCACUUCGGUAAUCCCUUCAUCAUGUGUUCAAGGAAACCAAUCAUUACGAUACCUCCUCAGUCCAACAUAACACUGCCUUGUCAACCUUCACCAUGUGGACAAUAUGACUACUGCGAGACAUACAAUGACAAAGUAGCAAUGUGCGGAGGUUGUGAUACUCAUAAUGUUGGAUGUAGACCUGAGUGCCUUAGCAACAGUGAUUGUCCUUUUGAUCACGCCUGUAUCGGAUGGAAAUGCGCUGAUCCAUGCUUGGGAUCUUGUGGAAUCAACGCUAAUUGUGAAGUUAUAUGGCACGAGCCUGUUUGUACGUGUCCAAUCGGACUUUUCGGGAACCCAUAUCAGGGCUGUAUUCCUGAAGACGAUCAUCGAGAUGCCUGCAGUGUCUCCCAAUGCGGCGCCAAUGCUGUUUGCAGAGAAAAGGAAGGAGCAAUCACUUGUGAAUGCCUUGAGGGCUUCUUAGGGAAUCCAUUUAUCGCCUGUCAUGUUGAAUGCCUCCAGAACUCGGAUUGCCCUCUCAACACUGCCUGUGUCAAUCAUAAAUGUAUAGAUCCGUGUGCUGGAGCAUGUGGUAGUGGUGCCUUGUGUGACUGCGUUAAUCAUAAUCCUGUUUGUUACUGCCCCGAGAGCAUGUCUGGAGAUCCAUUCGUUCAUUGUUAUCCACAUACAGGAGUCAUUUCGAGACCACCAAAUCCUUGUGAUCCAUCUCCCUGUGGUCCUUACAGCAGAUGUCUCGUCUCGCAAAAUGGUUACGCAUCCUGCUCAUGCCAGCCUGAGUACCGGGGAAGUCCACCAUUUUGCAGUCCCGAGUGCAUCGUGAGCUCCGAUUGCCUACAGAUACAAGCCUGCAUAAACAACAAGUGUGUCAAUCCGUGUAAUGGAAUUUGCGGGCAUAAUGCUCUGUGUGUUGUCAUAAAUCAUAAUCCAGUGUGCAGUUGUCCAGCGAGUUACGAAGGAAAUCCCUUCACUGAAUGUGCUCCAUUGGCAAAGGAGAAUCCUCAGCCCGAGUCGCCGUGUCAUCCAUCACCAUGUGGGCCCAAUUCUGUCUGUCAGAUAAAGAUGGGACGACCGGUUUGCUCCUGCCAAAGUACAUUCAUCGGAAGUCCUCCAAAUUGUCGUCCAGAAUGUCUGAUCAGUCAGGAAUGUCCUAUCGAUGAAGCAUGCAUCGCUAAUAAGUGCAUUCAACCGUGCCCUCACAGUUGCGGACCUAACUCUGAGUGUAUGGUCAUCAAUCACACUCCAUACUGCUCCUGCAAAGCUGGUUUUGAAGGUGACGCAUUUGUUGGAUGUACCAGGGUCAUUGAACAGCCACCUGAGCCUGAAGAUCCUUGCUCUCCAUCGCCCUGCGGCAAUAAUGCUCUAUGUAAUGUAGUAAAUGGGGCUGCCAAGUGCACCUGCAUACCUCCGUAUAUUGGUAAUCCGUAUGCUGGAGGGUGCAGACCCGAAUGCAUGAUCAACUCCGACUGCGAUAAUCAUUUGGCGUGUCUCAAUCAACACUGCAGAGAUCCCUGUCCUGGGAUCUGUGGAUUCAACGCUCAGUGCGAGGUAUCCAAUCAUAUUCCAACUUGUUCAUGCUUGCGAGGAUUCUCUGGGGAUCCAUUCGUCAGUUGUAAAGUCGAGAAAACACCUGGACCACCUCAGAACCCGUGUACUCCAUCGCCAUGUGGCCCAUACAGUAUCUGUCGUGUAGUUAAUGAACGAGCUGUCUGUUCAUGUAGCCCAGGAUAUCAGGGACAGCCGCCAUCCUGUCGGCCAGAGUGUCUCGUAAGCUCUGAAUGUGCACCCCAUCUUGCUUGCAUUGGCCAAAAAUGCAGUGAUCCUUGCCAGGACAUCUGUGGUGUGAACGCUCUCUGUCAAGUUACCAAUCAUAAUCCCAUAUGCAGUUGUCCGGACGGUUACGAGGGUGAUCCCUUCGUCCAGUGUACUCAAGCGCCAAAAGUAGAGCCUACCAAUCCUUGUGUUCCAUCGCCAUGUGGACCGAAUUCCCAGUGUCGUGUUCAGAAGGAUCGUCCUGUGUGUUCUUGCUCGACUGGUAUGUUCGGGGCACCACCAAACUGCCGACCAGAGUGUCUAAUCAAUCAAGACUGCCCGAAUUACCUCGCUUGUGUUCAAAAUUCGUGUUCAGACCCAUGUAUUGGGUCUUGUGGAAUAAAUGCAAAUUGUAUCACGAGAAAUCAUCGACCAAUUUGCCAAUGUCAGGAUGGAUAUGAAGGGGAUCCUUUCUCAGCAUGUAAUCUUAAACCUAUGCCGCCUGUAGAGCCACCCAGCGAACCCUGCAAUCCAUCACCGUGUGGUUCAAAUGCCAUUUGCAAUGAAAGAAACGGCGCUGGGUCAUGCACAUGCCUAUCAGAUUACUUUGGUGAUCCUUAUCAAGGCUGUCGACCAGAAUGUGUUCAAAACUCUGACUGCCCUCACUCUAGAGCGUGUAUUAAUAAUAAGUGCAAGGAUCCCUGUCAAGAGGCUUGCGGAUUGAAUGCGCAAUGUCAAGUAUUCAAUCAUCAACCCUCAUGUAGUUGUUUUGAUGGCUACACAGGAAAUCCGUUGACAGCGUGUUACAUACGUCAGGAUCAGCCCCAGCCAAGUCCAGGUGACCCUUGUGAACCGUCACCCUGUGGACCGUACAGCAACUGUCGAGUCAUUGAUUUUCAUGCUGUUUGUUCCUGCCAACAAAAUUACAUCGGUAGCCCACCAACAUGCAGACCGGAAUGCGUCAUCAGCGCUGAUUGUCCUCAAAACAAAGCCUGUAUCAACCAGAAAUGUGAAGAUCCAUGCUCCGGUACAUGCGGUAUUAACGCCAAUUGUCAAGUCAUAAAUCACAACCCCGUCUGUAGUUGUGCAUCUGGUUAUACUGGGGAUCCAUUUUCUGGUUGUCUUGAAGAACGUCAAGUACCAGUGCCCGGACCAAAUGAAAACAAUAACCCUUGUACGCCCUCUCCAUGUGGACCCAAUUCCCAAUGUCGCGUUAUUGAUGGCUUCCCUGCCUGUUCUUGUUUGCCAAAUUACAUCGGACGCACUCCAAACUGCCGACCUGAAUGUGUUAUCAAUGAAGAAUGUCCUGGUAAUCUUGCUUGUCAAAACGAACAAUGCACAGAUCCAUGUCCAAAUUCCUGUGGAAUCAACACUUUUUGUAAUGUCAUCAAGCACAAUCCCGUAUGUAAUUGUAAUCCGGGAUAUACAGGAAAUCCAUUCGUAGAAUGCAAAUUGCAACCAUUUGAGCCUACGACAACUGAAGCUCCAAGAACACCUUGCAGUCCAUCACCGUGUGGUGCUAAUGCUGUUUGUAACGAGCGAAAUGGGGCAGGAUCAUGUACAUGCUUGUCUGAAUACUUUGGAGAUCCUUACAUCGGCUGUAGACCUGAAUGCGUCACCAACAGUGAAUGCGGUAGAACUAAAGCUUGUUUGAACAAUAAAUGUAUCAAUCCCUGCAACGGUGUUUGUGGACCAAAUGCAUCUUGUCGUGUUGUCAAUCACGCGCCAUCAUGCACAUGUGCAGCUGGAUAUACAGGUGAUCCGACAAGGGGUUGUGAUGUACUUCCGAUAGCAACCGAAUCUCCAAUAAUAGAUCCAUGCCAGCCAUCACCGUGUGGACCAAACAGCAAUUGUCGAGUUCUGAAUGAUCAUGCGGUCUGCUCUUGUAAGACUGGAUUCAUUGGCACUCCACCUACGUGUAGACCGGAAUGUACAAUUAGUUCAGAAUGCUCACGGAGCAAAUCGUGUGUCAACAAUAAGUGUGUAAAUCCGUGCCAAUCAGCUUGCGGUGAAAAUACCAAGUGCCUGGUGGUGAAUCACAGUCCGAUCUGUACAUGUGCUGCUGGCUACACUGGAGAUCCAUUCAGUUACUGUUCCAAGAACGAAAUCACACCGUCAGAACCAAGAGAGCCGGUGGAUCCUUGUUCACCCAAUCCAUGCGGUCCAAAUUCUCAAUGCAGAGUGAUUGGAUCUCAGCCAGCCUGUUCUUGCUCACCAGAAUACAUCGGUCGACCACCCAAUUGCCGACCCGAGUGCACAGAUAAUUCUGAAUGUCCCACGAAUGUCGCUUGCAUCAACCAACGCUGUAAGAAUCCAUGCCAGGGGGCUUGUGGUGAAUUAGCACGAUGCUCGGUUCUGAAUCACCUGCCAGUGUGUUCAUGUCCAGAUGGUUUCACAGGCGAUCCAAGCAUUCAAUGCUCUCCGCACAUACCUUCAGAAGACCAGAAUCCAUGUUCACCAAAUCCCUGUGGACCUAAUGCUCAGUGUCGAGAGCGAAAUGGCGCAGGAGCUUGUGCUUGUCCCCAGGACUUCAUCGGUGAUCCUUAUGAUACUGCCAGGGGAUGCUACCGUGAAUGCGAAGCAAACGAUGAUUGUGCACUUCAUUUGGCUUGUGUUGGAUUCAAAUGCACAGAUCCUUGUCUUGGAACUUGUGCAACACUGGCAGUAUGUAACGUUGACAAUCACGUACCGAGGUGUUCAUGCCCACCGAGUUAUACAGGAGAUCCAUUUUUCUCCUGCACUCUGGAACCGAAGGAGAUACCAAUACCUGAAGAUCCAUGUUCACCUACACCCUGUGGUCCAAACAGUAAAUGCAGAACUGUCAAUGGCCAAGCCGUCUGCACCUGUCAGCCUGAAUACAGUGGUAUACCCCCCAAUUGUCGACCCGAGUGCAUUGUAUCAGCUGAAUGUCCAAAUCAUCUCGCUUGUAUUAACAAAAAAUGCCAAGAUCCCUGUCCAAACACUUGUGGAGUUCGGGCACAAUGCAGUGUCAAGAAUCACAGUCCCAUAUGUACGUGUCCCAUUGGAUUCACUGGAGAUCCCUUCUCAGUAUGUUCACCGCAAGAAGAGCCAAUGACGACGACCGAACGACCACCCUCUUGUGAACCCUCACCAUGUGGUCCGAAUUCUCAAUGUCAAAUUGUUUUUGGAACACCAGCUUGUUCCUGUCAACCAAACUACAUCGGUGUCCCACCCAACUGCCGGCCUGAAUGUACACUCAGCUCGGAGUGCCAGAGUCAUCUUGCUUGUGUAAAUCAACGCUGUCAAGAUCCAUGCACCGGAUCCUGUGGAUUUAACGCUCAAUGUCAUGUAUUGAAUCAUAUUCCCGUCUGCAGAUGUAUGGAAGGCUUUACUGGUGAUCCAUUCGCAGAUUGUUCUCUCGUGCCAGCAUCAACAGAACCUCCACGUCCCAAAGACCUGUGUAAUCCUUCACCUUGUGGUCCCAAUGCCGUUUGUCGCGCAGGAGAUUGCGAGUGCACUCCAGGAUAUCUUGGUAAUCCAUUCGAAGGUUGCAGACCGGAAUGUGUCCUCAAUUCCGAGUGUCCGAGGGAUAAAUCUUGUCUGCGAAAUAAAUGUCAAGACCCCUGUCCAGGCAGAUGUGGCCAGAACGCUGAAUGCGAUGUUGUUAACCACAUUCCUGUCUGUUCAUGCCUGCAAGGAUUCGUUGGAGAUCCUUUCGUCAGCUGCAAACGUCAACCGAUGCGACCAGAUGACAAACGUGAUCCUUGCAAUCCAUCACCCUGUGGAUCCAACGCGCAGUGUCGAGAUGUCGAUGGCCGCGCUGUAUGCUCUUGCUUACCAGGAUAUCUAGGCGCACCACCCGCAUGUCGUCUUGAGUGUAUUGUUAGUUCUGAAUGUGCUCCGACUCGAGCAUGUGUGAACAAUAAGUGCACGGAUCCUUGUCUGGGCUCGUGUGGGUUGAAUGCUCGUUGUGAAGUCAUCAACCACUCUCCUAUCUGCAGUUGUUCUCCAGGUCAGACUGGCGAUCCUUUCAGGAACUGCUACGAUCUACCGCUUUUACCAGCCCCCAAAGAGAACGAAAAUCCCUGCGAUUCACGACCUUGUGGACCUAAUGCAUUAUGUCAAGACAAUAAUGGCAUACCAGCUUGUUCAUGUCUUCCAAAUUAUAUUGGAGCUCCGCCAUCUUGCCGACCCGAGUGUGUCAUCAAUCCCGAUUGUCCAUCAAACAAAGCCUGCGUCAAUUCCAAGUGCAUCGAUCCUUGUCCAGGUAGUUGCGGUGAAUUUGCUGAAUGUCGAGUUAUAAAUCACGCUGUUACCUGCACAUGUGCAAGUGGAUUCACGGGCAAUCCAUUUGUUCAAUGUGUUACGGAGAAACAAGAGUCAAUUAAUCCAUGUGAGCCAUCACCAUGUGGACCCAAUGCCAUCUGUCAGCAACGUGACAAUGCAGGUGCUUGUGUUUGUAUAGAGGAUUACCAUGGAAAUCCAUAUGAAGGCUGUCAACCUGAGUGUAUUCUAAGUUCUGAUUGUCCAACGAAUCGAGCCUGCAUCCGAAAUAAAUGCGGUGAUCCGUGCCCGGGUAUUUGUGGUACAAACGCUCAGUGUUCCGUAGUCAAUCAUAUACCUACUUGCACUUGUAUGCCAGGAUUCGUUGGAAAUCCCUUCACUUCAUGCAAAGUUGAAGAGCCAUUACCACCAACUCUAUCGCAAAAUCCUUGUAAUCCAUCACCAUGCGGUCCUAAUAGUCUUUGUCGUGCCAUUAAUGAUCAAGCCGUGUGUACCUGCCAACCCAAUUACCUGGGAACACCACCGAAUUGCCGUCCAGAAUGUGUUGUCAAUUCUGAAUGCCCCCAGAAUCGUGCUUGUCAUAAAUACAAAUGUACUGAUCCAUGUCCUGGCACAUGUGGUAUGGGGGCCGAAUGUCGUGUUAUUAAUCAUAAUCCGCUGUGUAGCUGUCGAUCAGGCACCACUGGAGAUCCAUUCAUCCGUUGUCACGUACAAGAUUACGAGCCUCCAACUACAAGACCCAGUGACCCAUGUCUACCCAAUCCCUGCGGGCUCAAUGCUGAAUGCCGACCAAUUGGAGAUCAAAUAGCCUGUUCGUGUCUUAAGAAUUACGUUGGAUCCCCACCAAAUUGUCGACCUGAAUGUGUCGUUAACACUGACUGUCCAUCUAAUCAAGCUUGUAUAUCGGAAAAAUGUCGUGAUCCUUGCAUUGGAUCCUGCGGUCAAGACGCUGAAUGCAGUGUCCAGAAUCAUAUUCCAACGUGUUUGUGCCGUCAAGGCUUUACAGGCGACCCAUUCUCACUUUGCACAAGAGUAGUUGAACAGCCACGAAUACCUGAAGACCCGUGUAAUCCAUCACCGUGCGGUGCCAAUGCCCGUUGUGAUGCUGGACAAUGUACCUGCCAACCGGAAUACAUCGGUGAUCCUUACUCGUCCUGCAGACCCGAGUGUACUAUUAACUCUGAAUGUUCACGCACUAAAACUUGUAUAAAUCAACGAUGUGUUGAUCCUUGUGUAGGAACAUGUGGUACUGAUGCACGUUGCGAUGUCAUCAAUCACAUUCCAACGUGCAGCUGUCCACCAGGCACUACUGGCAAUGCAUUCUCAGCAUGUCGGCCAAUAACUCCAAGUGUAACACCAACCCAGCCAUGUUCGCCAUCACCCUGUGGACCAAAUAGUCUGUGUAGAGUUGUCGAUAGUCAUGCUGUGUGCUCCUGCCAAGCUGGUUUCGUUGGAAGUCCACCGGGUUGCAGGCCAGAGUGCGUUGUCAGUGCAGAAUGUGGCUUGACUCAAGCUUGUUUGAAUAACAAAUGUCAAGAUCCAUGCCCAGGAACAUGUGGACAGAAUGCCAAGUGUCAAGUUGUCAACCACAAUCCAAUCUGCAGUUGCUUGGAGAACUUCACAGGUGAUCCCUUCACCAGAUGCUACAUUCGAAAAGAUGAAGAACGUCCACCGCUUGUGAAUCCGUGUUUGCCAUCCCCAUGCGGUCCGAAUUCCGAAUGUAACGUACGCGGUGAGAGUCCCGCGUGCUCUUGUUCACAAAAUUAUAUCGGUUCGCCGCCCAAUUGUCGUCCCGAAUGUACAAUAAAUCCGGAGUGCGCGUCUCAUCUCGCUUGUAUACAACAAAAGUGUCGCGAUCCAUGUGCGGGUCUGUGUAGUACAGGAGCACGUUGUACAGUGGUUAAUCAUCAUGCUGUAUGUUCCUGUCUGGAAGGCUUCACUGGUGAUCCAUUUAGUAACUGUAUUCCGGCGCCGAAGGUUGCGCCUGAAAUAAGGAAUCCCUGUUCACCAUCACCAUGCGGUCCCAAUGCAAUAUGUCGUGAAUCCAAUGGAGCUGGAUCAUGCUCCUGUCCACCGGAUUAUAUAGGAGAUCCCUAUGAAGCCUGCCGACCUGAGUGCCUUCAGAAUUCCGAUUGUCUCCCCCACUUGGCCUGCUCCAAUUCCAAAUGUAAGGAUCCCUGCCCAGGUACUUGUGGAUUAAAUGCCCAGUGCGCUGUCAUCAAUCACCUGCCGUCCUGUAAUUGCAACCCAGGAUUCACCGGAGAUGCAUUCAGAAACUGUGUCCUCUUUUCUCCGAUGGAAUCUGAACCCUGCUCACCAUCACCCUGCGGACCCAACAGCCAAUGUAGAAAUGUGGACAGCCACGCAGUCUGCUCCUGUCUACCUGAUUAUAAUGGAAAUCCACCCAAUUGUCGACCAGAAUGUGUAUCCAACAGUCAAUGCCCCCAAAAUUUAGCCUGUAUCUCUCUCAAAUGUACCUCACCCUGUCCACAACCCUGUGGAACUAAUACGCAGUGUCGAGUUCUCAAUCACAGUCCAAUUUGUACUUGCAACCCAGGUUUUACUGGAGAUCCAUUCACCAGAUGUUUCGACAUACCUUUCGUUCCACAACGAGAUACAGUCGUCCCCGCUGAUCCCUGCAUGCCAAAUCCCUGCGGAUUGUACUCGGAAUGUCGUAAUGUUGGUGGAUAUCCAUCUUGCUCUUGUAGCAUUAACUACCAAGGAGUGCCACCCAAUUGCAGACCAGAAUGUCGUAUCAAUUCCGACUGUCCAAUGAAUCUUGCCUGCUUUAACGAACGAUGCCGUGAUCCAUGCCAAGGUUCUUGUGGUAUAUCUGCCCUUUGCACCAUCCACAAUCAUAUAUCAUCCUGUAAUUGUCCAGAAGGAUACACUGGAGAUCCUUUCAGCAGUUGUAGCUUUGUACCAACGACCCUUCCACCGCCGAGUGCAGAUCCCUGUACUCCUUCUCCAUGUGGGGCAAAUGCCCAAUGCCGUGAUGGUAUCUGUACAUGUCUACCCGAGUACAAUGGUGAUCCCUAUUCUGGAUGUCGACCAGAGUGUGUCACGAACUCUGAUUGCCCGCAGAAUCGCGCUUGCUCAAGAAAUAAAUGCAUUGAUCCAUGUCUCAAUACCUGUGGACGUAAUGCCAUUUGCAAUGUGUACAAUCACAUUCCUAUGUGUAGUUGUCCGGUUGGUAUGAAUGGAAAUGCAUUUGUUGCAUGUGAUUUUGUAAAAGAACCGCUGAAUACAGACCCAUGCAACCCAUCACCUUGUGGCCCGAACAGCCGUUGUCGACCAGUAAAUGAUCAAGCCGUAUGCACCUGUGUCCCUGGUUUCCUUGGAAGUCCACCGACCUGUCGACCUGAAUGCACAAUUUCUUCAGAUUGUCCUCUAAAUCAGGCAUGCGGCAAUCAGAAAUGCAUUGAUCCAUGUUUGGGGACUUGUGGAAUGAGAGCCAACUGUCAAGUUAUUAAUCACAAUCCAAUAUGUAGUUGUCCAUCAGGAAUGACCGGGGAUCCUUUUACAGCAUGUCAAGAACAAUCUACCAUUCAUCCAAUACCUGAAAACCCCUGUCAACCAUCCCCCUGUGGCCCCAACGCCCAAUGCCAAGUAUUCAACGGCUCUCCGUCCUGCUCUUGCUUACCAGAAUUCACUGGAUCACCACCGAACUGCCGACCUGAAUGUGUUAGUAAUAGUGAAUGUUCCAAUUCUCUAGCCUGUAUCAAUCAAAAGUGUACAGAUCCAUGUGCUGGAUCUUGUGCUAUUAACGCGGAGUGUCGUGUUGUGAGUCACACGCCCAAUUGUGUUUGCCCGAAUGGUUUCUCUGGUGAUCCAUUCACUCAGUGCUUCGAGCAAAAACCACUUGAUAUGACACCAGUAUCACCAUGUAAUCCAUCUCCCUGUGGAGCCAAUGCUAUUUGCAAAGAGCAGAAUUCAGCCGGUUCUUGUGCAUGCCUCCCAGAUUACAUCGGAAAUCCUUACGAAGGCUGCAGACCCGAGUGUGUUGUCAACUCCGAUUGCCCUUCGAAUCUGGCUUGUAUUCGUUCCAAGUGUCAGAACCCUUGUCCUGGCACUUGUGCCCAGAAUGCUGAAUGCCAAGUUAUCAAUCAUUUACCCAGUUGUACCUGCUUGAGCGGUUACACUGGGGAUCCCUUCCGUUUCUGCAACUUUAAGGAAGCUGAUGAAACACCACGUGACCCUUGUCAGCCUUCUCCUUGUGGGCCAAACAGCCAAUGUCGUGUGAUAAAUGAACAAGCCGUGUGCUCCUGUCAACCCCAGUACAUUGGAAGUCCACCAGCAUGUCGCCCUGAAUGUACAGUUAGCUCCGAAUGCCCAUUGGAUCAAGCAUGUAUCAAUCAGAAGUGCAUAAGUCCUUGUCCCGGAUCCUGUGGCAUCAAUACCGAAUGCAAAGUCAUCAAUCACAGUCCUAUUUGCAGUUGUGGACCAUCAUUCACUGGAAAUCCCUUUACCCGAUGUUAUCCUCAGCCAAAACCUCUGCCGUUACCACCAGCAAACCCUUGUGUGCCCUCACCCUGCGGUCCCAAUGCCCAAUGCCGAGAUAUCGGUGGAACUCCAUCGUGCUCUUGCUUACCACAAUUCAAUGGAAGCCCACCCAAUUGUCGCCCCGAGUGUACUAUACAAUCCGACUGCCCGAGUAAUCAGGCAUGCAUCAACCAAAAGUGUCGGGAUCCUUGUCCAGGAUCCUGUGGUUUAUUCGCUGAAUGCACUGUUAUCAAUCAUACACCAGUGUGCAGCUGUCUCGAUGGAUAUACCGGGGAUGCAUUCACUACCUGUGUCCCUCGACCACCACCACCCACUGAUGACAUCACGAGAGAUCCCUGUAAUCCUUCCCCGUGUGGACCAAAUGCUCAAUGUAGAAAUGGCCAAUGCUCCUGUCUACCCGAGUAUCGAGGUGACCCAUAUACUGGUUGCCGACCAGAAUGCGUUUUGAAUUCGGACUGCCCGAUGGAUCGUGCUUGUAUGAAAAAUAAAUGUGUCGAUCCUUGUACCGGUAUCUGUGGCCAGAAUGCUGUCUGCAAUGCUUUUAACCAUAUCCCGAUGUGCAGUUGUCCAUUGGGAAUGGCUGGCAAUGCAUUUGUGUCUUGUAUUCCGGCUACUGAACCAUCUGUAGACAAACCAUCGCCGUGUACUCCAUCACCCUGUGGGCCGAAUAGUCGUUGUAGAGAGAGUAAUGGCCAAGCAGUUUGCUCCUGUGUCCAAGGUUAUCUAGGUGCACCCCCAACAUGCAGACCCGAGUGUACAAUAAACUCUGACUGUUCACGUAGUGAAGCGUGCACAAAUCAGAAAUGUAUCAAUCCGUGUUUAGGCAGUUGUGGCUUUGCAGCCAACUGUCAAGUCAUUAAUCAUAAUCCUAUAUGUAGUUGUCCCCCAGGGAUGACUGGAGAUCCAUUCGCUGUGUGUCAAGAUGCACCAUCUACGCCUCCAGCUCCCCAGAAUCCUUGUCAACCAUCUCCAUGCGGACCAAACGCCGAAUGUCAAGUGUUCAACGAUUCACCAUCUUGUUCUUGUCUACCUCAAUUUAUCGGAAGUCCACCAAACUGUCGCCCCGAGUGCAGUAGUAAUAGUGAAUGUUCUAGUCAUUUAGCUUGUAUUAAUAAGAAAUGUAGCGACCCAUGUGCUGGCUCUUGUGCAGUAAACGCCGAGUGUCGUGUGAUCAGUCAUACCGCGAUGUGUAUGUGCCCCAGUGGAUUUACCGGAGAUCCCUUCACUCAGUGCAUGCCAGCGCCUUAUCAACGUCCUACACCGACGAACCCAUGUACACCUUCCCCGUGUGGUGCGAACACCAUCUGCCAAGAUCGCAAUGGUGCAGGCUCCUGCACCUGUCGCCCUGAGUAUAUUGGAAAUCCUUAUGAGGGUUGCAGACCAGAAUGUAUCAUGAACUCAGACUGUUCGCCCAAUCUUGCCUGCAUGAAUUCAAACUGUCGAGAUCCUUGUCUUGGUACUUGUGGUCCAAAUGCCCAAUGUCAAGUGAUAAAUCACUCGCCAUCCUGUAGUUGUACGAACGGGUACACUGGGGAUCCCUUCCGAUACUGUUCAGUGGUUCAGGCAGCAGAACCAACGGUAACCCAACCGUGUUCACCAUCAUCUUGUGGACCAAACAGCCAAUGCCGCGUGGUGAAUGAACAAGCUGUUUGUUCAUGUCUUCAAGAGUAUAUUGGAACUCCACCGGCAUGUCGUCCAGAAUGCACCAGUAGCUCUGAAUGCGCCCAAAAUCUCGCAUGUGUCAACAGAAAAUGUGUGAAUCCUUGUCCAACACCUUGUGGAACUAACACUGAAUGUGUAGUUCGGAAUCACAAUCCUAUUUGUUCAUGCAGGAAUGGGUUCACUGGAAAUCCGUUCACUACGUGUACCGCUAUGAUACAAGCUGCACCCCAGGCUCCACAAAACCCGUGUCUACCUUCCCCAUGUGGACCCAACUCUGAUUGUCGUGAUAUUGGAGGAUUACCAUCGUGCUCAUGCUCUCAAAAUUUCCUCGGCAGUCCACCCAAUUGCCGCCCAGAAUGUACAAUCAAUUCUGAUUGUACUAGUAACAAUGCUUGUAUAAAUUCUAAAUGUAGAGAUCCUUGUCCGGGAUCUUGUGGAGUUCAAGCACAGUGUGCAGUUGUGAAUCACACCCCGAUAUGUUCUUGCUUCGAAGGAUACACUGGUGAUCCCUUUGCCAGUUGUUUCCCGAAGCCUCCAGCCCCAUCAGCACCGGUGCCAAAAGACCCUUGCAAUCCUUCACCCUGUGGAUCUAAUACUCAAUGCAGAGAGGGAAUUUGCACUUGUCUACCAGAAUAUAUUGGAGAUCCAUUUACUGGAUGCCGACCAGAAUGUGUUUUAAACACAGACUGCCCUCCAACGCAAGCUUGCAUGAGAAAUAAAUGCAGAGAUCCUUGUCCAGGGACAUGUGCUCAAAACGCUCUCUGCAAUGUAUACAAUCACAUCCCAAUGUGUUCUUGUCCCGCAGGAACCUCUGGAAAUGCUUUCUUCUCUUGUUCCAUCGUUAAAGAGCCCACAGUGGAAACUCCCUGUGACCCAUCACCGUGUGGGCCCAAUUCCCGUUGUCGCGAAGUUAAUGGGCAAGCUGUUUGCACCUGUGUUCCUGGAUUCCUUGGAAGUCCACCGACCUGUCGACCUGAAUGUAUAGUCAGUACUGAUUGUUCACCUGCUGAAACUUGCUACAAUCAGAAAUGCCGUGAUCCUUGCCCUGGAACAUGUGGUAUUGGAGCCAGCUGUCAAGUUAUCAAUCAUAAUCCCAUUUGCAGCUGUCCACCGACCUUCACUGGAGAUCCCUUCCUCCGAUGCACCAAAAUCACUGAAGUACCAGCAAGACCAAGUAACCCUUGUCAACCAUCCCCAUGUGGUCUGAACGCCCAGUGCCAAGUAAUCAACGACUCCCCAUCCUGCUCUUGUAACCCAGAGUCAGUCGGUUCUCCACCGAACUGUCGGCCAGAAUGCAUUAGCAAUGGAGAAUGUCCGUCGCAUCAAGCCUGUAUCAACCAGAAGUGUAGAGAUCCUUGUCCUGGGGCGUGUGGGAUGAACGCAGAGUGUAAAGUGGUCGGUCAUACUCCGAUGUGUAUUUGUUUCGCCGGUUUUACUGGUGACCCUUUCUCCCAGUGUUCCCCUCAACAAUAUAUUUCAGAUGAGAAGCCUCAGCCUUGUGUCCCCUCACCUUGCGGAGCCAAUGCUGUAUGCAAAGAACGAAACAAUGCUGGCUCCUGCUCUUGUUUACCCAACUAUUUCGGGAAUCCCUACGAAGGCUGUCGCCCCGAGUGUACAGUUCACUCUGACUGCGUUCCUAAUAGGACAUGUGUAGGAUCAAAAUGCGUGGAUCCUUGUCCAGGAACUUGUGGAACAAAUGCCAUCUGUCAAGUGAUAAAUCACGCUCCAACAUGCACAUGCAUUACAGCAUAUUCAGGAGAUCCAUACCGUUACUGUUCAAGAAUGCCUGAUAUUGAUGUUUCCCAGCCAAUGGAUCCAUGUGGAUUCUCUCCAUGCGGUCCCAACAGUGUUUGCAGACCUGUUAAUGGUCAACCCGUUUGUUCAUGUGAGCCCAAUUACAUCGGUCGUCCACCGGGAUGCCGGCCCGAGUGUGUUGUUAGCUCAGAAUGUGCAACAAAUCGUGCAUGUGUCAAUCAGAAAUGUGUGGACCCCUGUCCAGAUCAUUGUGGGAAUAAUGCCGAUUGCCGAGUCAUCAAUCACAGCCCGAUAUGCAGCUGUCGGUUAGAAUUCACUGGAGAUGCAUUCGUCGCAUGUUUCCCUGUACCCCGGCCACCUCCAUCACCACCGACACCGCAAAAUCCUUGCGUUCCCACCCCCUGUGGUCCGUUCUCCCAAUGUCGAGAUAUAAAUGGAAAUCCAUCAUGCACCUGUGAUGAAGGAUACCUAGGCCUACCACCGAAUUGCCGACCGGAGUGCACGAUAAAUCCAGAAUGCCCGAGCAAUCUUGCCUGCAUGCGAGCAAAAUGCAAGGAUCCAUGCCCUGGAUCUUGUGGAAUCGGCGCUGAAUGUUCGGUUAUUAAUCAUACACCAAUUUGUUCGUGCUCACAAGGAUUCACAGGGGAUCCCUUCACGCGCUGUUCACCAGCACCUUCGGAAGCACCACCAUCGCCUUCUGAUCCAUGCAAUCCAUCACCCUGUGGAGCAAACACUAUUUGUCGAUCUGGUACCUGCAGUUGCAUACCUGAAUAUCAGGGCGAUCCUAUUAUCGGAUGUAGACCAGAGUGCACCAUCAAUGAGGACUGCCCUAGGGACAAGGCAUGCAAAAAUAAUAAAUGCAGCGACGUUUGCAUAGGAAUGUGUGGUGUCAAUGCACUUUGCAUUGCUGCAAAUCACAUUGCUAUGUGUAGUUGUUCACCGGGAAUGACUGGAAAUGCAUUCAUAGAAUGUACACCAAUGCAGGAUGAAGUUAUAACGAAUCCGUGCAACCCUUCACCCUGUGGGCCGUAUAGUCAUUGUCAGAAUGUUAAUGGCCAUGCAGUGUGUAAAUGUGUGGAAAGCUACGUAGGAAGUCCACCGAUUUGCAGACCCGAAUGUGUUGUCAGUACAGAUUGUCCACCAUCAGAAGCCUGCAUCAAUCAAAGAUGUCAGAACCCCUGUCUGGGAUCCUGCGGUUUGCGCGCUGAAUGUUCGGUUAUCAAUCAUAAUGCUAUUUGCACGUGUCGAGAAGGCUUAACGGGUAAUCCGUUCACUGCCUGUACCCCCCUUCCCCCACCAACUCCAUCUGAUCCGAUCAAUCCCUGUGUUCCAUCACCAUGUGGACCAAACUCACAAUGUCAAGCUGUAAAUAAUUUGCCCUCGUGUUCCUGCCUUCCGGAAUUCUCCGGCAGCCCUCCGAAUUGCCGUCCUGAGUGCAUUGGUAAUAGUGAAUGCGAUAACCGGCUUGCUUGCAUAAAUCAGAAGUGUAAAGACCCAUGCCAGGGAUCAUGCGGAAUUAAUGCAGUAUGUCGGGUGUUAUCACAUACCCCGAUGUGUUAUUGUGAUAAUGGAUUCACAGGAGAUCCUUUUGUUCAGUGCAGUGCAGUUCAGAAUGAACUGAUAGCUUCACCGUGUGAACCAACACCCUGUGGUCCAAACGCUGUAUGCAAAGAGCAAAAUUCCGCAGGAUCAUGCUCAUGCCUGCCCGAUUACUUUGGAAAUCCUUACGAAGGAUGUCGCCCUGAGUGCACUGUAAACACUGAUUGCGUUCCAAACAGAUCUUGUAUUCGAUCCAAGUGUAUGGACCCAUGUCCAGGCACUUGUGGUUCAAAUGCAAUUUGUCAAGUCGUCAAUCAUGUUCCCAUAUGUACCUGUCUGCAAGGGUUUACAGGAGAUCCUUCCAGAUUCUGUAGUCAAGCUCUUUCCGACCCAAUUAAGCGUCCGCAGCCUUGCAACCCGUCACCAUGUGGUCCGUAUAGUCAAUGCCGUGAGGUCAAUGGACAAUCCGUAUGUUCGUGUUUCCCCAACUACACAGGAUCUCCUCCAGCCUGUCGCCCAGAGUGCUCUGUAUCCUCUGAUUGCCCAUCAAAUCGUGCGUGCUUGAACCAGAAAUGUAUUGAUCCAUGUCCGCGAACUUGUGCUGAAAACUCUGCAUGCAGAAUUAUCAAUCACAGUCCCAUAUGUUUCUGUAAUGAUGGCUACACUGGAGAUCCCUUCACUCACUGCUUCAUCAUGGAAGUUUCCAAACCAAACGCCAUUGGCAUACCGAGAGACCCCUGCUUUCCUUCACCCUGUGGGCCUAAUUCUAUCUGCCGCCCAGUUAGCAAUACACCCUCUUGUACCUGCCAUUCAAGUUACUUCGGAUCACCACCAAAUUGCCGAUCAGAAUGUGUUAUCAAUCAAGACUGCGCAAGCAAUUUAGCGUGUAUUAGGGGGAGAUGUAGAGAUCCAUGCCCAGGAUCUUGUGGAUUCGAUGCACAGUGCACAACUAUUAAUCAUACACCUGCUUGCACGUGUCGUGAAGGAUUUACUGGGGAUCCGUUUACAUCGUGCCAGCCGAGACUACCCGAACCUCCGGUCGAAACCGACCUUUGCAAUCCAUCUCCAUGUGGACCAAAUGCGAGAUGUGAUAAUGGUUUAUGCAGUUGCCUUCCUGAAUUCUUCGGUGAUCCGACAAUUGGCUGUAGACCGGAGUGUGUCCUCAACGAGGAUUGCUCGAGGGAUUUAGCCUGCAUGAACAAUAAAUGCAGAGACCCGUGUUCAGGAACUUGCGCCACGAAUGCCAUAUGUCAAGUCAUCAACCACAUUCCCAUGUGUAGCUGCCCUCAGGGAUUCCAAGGAAACGCAUUUGCAUUCUGCAAUCCUGUACAAACACCACCAACAACUUCACCGUGCAAUCCAUCUCCCUGUGGACCAAACAGUCAAUGUCGAGAUAGAAACGGAAUUUCAGUCUGCACUUGUGUUCCUGGAUUCCUUGGGAAUCCACCUAACUGUCGUCCCGAGUGUUUAGUUAGCACUGACUGUUCGCCAAGCGACGCUUGCAUCAACCAAAAGUGUCAGAAUCCAUGUGUGGGAAUGUGUGGCAUCGGCGCACGUUGCGAAGUCAUUAAUCACAACCCAAUUUGUCAGUGUCCCCCAAGAUAUUCUGGUGAUCCUUUCGUCAGAUGUCAGCUUACUCCGGAAACUCCUCCAAUUCCAAUCAACCCCUGUCAACCAUCCCCCUGCGGCCCCAACGCUCUCUGCCAAGUCAUUAAUGACACUCCAUCCUGUUCCUGCCAAUUGGAGUUCAUAGGAAGUCCACCUAACUGCCGCCCAGAGUGCGUCAUCAAUAGCGAGUGUCCAUCAAACCAAGCCUGCAUGAAUCAGAAAUGUCGCGAUCCGUGUCCCAACUCUUGCGGUCAAAACGCUCAAUGCCGAGUUGUAUCACAUACGCCCACAUGCUUCUGUGAAUCUGGAUUCACGGGCGAUCCAUUCGUGCAGUGCAUUCAGAAGCCACUUCAAACUAUACCAGAACGUGUUGAUCCCUGUUUACCAUCACCAUGCGGUCCAAAUGCUAUCUGUACCCAGAGGAAUCAGGCGGGUUCAUGUGCAUGUGAUACUGGUUAUUUCGGGAAUCCAUAUGAAGGUUGUCGACCCGAAUGUGUGAUCAACUCCGAUUGCCAGUCGAAUCGCGCCUGUACGAAUUCAAAAUGUGUCGACCCAUGUUUAGGCAUUUGCGGAAGUAAUGCACAGUGUCAAGUAGUCAAUCAUAUGGCUGUUUGCACAUGCAUUUCAGCUUUCACCGGCGAUCCUUACCGAUUUUGCUCUAGACAGGAGUCGAAUGAUGUCGUGACAGAUAGUGAACGUCCCUGCACCGGUGCUCAGUGCGGACCCAAUAGCCAAUGUAGAGAGAUAAACAGUAUCGCUGUUUGCUCAUGUUCACCCAGUUACGUCGGUAGUCCACCGAACUGCAGACCGGAGUGCGUAUCAAGCUCCGAAUGUCCCUUGAAUCAAGCCUGCGAUAAUCAGAAAUGCAUCAAUCCCUGUCCAUCAUCUUGUGGGAUUAAUUCUGACUGUCGCGUCAUCAAUCAUUCUCCGCUGUGUACUUGUAGCCCUGGACACACUGGGGAUCCGUUCACUAGGUGUUUCCCACAACCGCCAUUUCCACUGCGUCCACCUAUUCAGGAACAUCCAUGCAUCCCGUCACCCUGUGGGCCAAAUGCAAUCUGUCGAAAUAUCAACGAGGCAUGGGCAUGCUCAUGUCUAUCAGACUUUGUGGGUAGUCCGCCCAACUGUCGUCCAGAAUGUACCAUUCAUUCUGAAUGUGGAAGUAAUUUAGCUUGUCUCCGAGGAAAAUGCCAAGACCCUUGUCCAGGAUCAUGUGGUAUAAAUGCUAGGUGUACUGUCAUCAACCACAACUCUGUUUGUACCUGCUUAGAAGGAUAUACAGGAGAUCCUUUCGCAUAUUGUCUUCUACUGCCACCAGUAGAAGCCCCACCAAUAGAUGCAUGUAAUCCAACACCCUGUGGACCCAACGCCAAUUGUGACAAUGGUAUCUGCACGUGUUUACCGGAGUACCAGGGCAAUCCCUAUUCCGGAUGUCGUCCAGAAUGUGUAAUGAGUACUGACUGUACCUUCAAUCUUGCUUGCAAGAAUAAUAAGUGCGUGGAUCCUUGUCCUGGAACUUGCGGACAAAAUGCCAUCUGCAAUGUCUUUACUCACAUUCCCAUGUGCAGUUGUCCAACAGGAAUGAUCGGAAAUGCCUUCGCGAUUUGUGUACCUGUUCGUGUUCCCGACGUCGCUGAUCCUUGCAAUCCAUCUCCAUGUGGACCAAAUAGUCAAUGUCGGCAGAAAAAUAGCCAGGCUGCGUGUUCCUGCAUUGCAGGUUUCAUUGGAAAUCCCCCGACUUGUCGUCCAGAGUGUAUUGUAUCAUCAGAAUGUCCUCUGAAUGAAGCCUGUGAUAAUCAGAAAUGUGCGAAUCCAUGUCUCGGGGCUUGCGGAAGACAAGCCGAUUGCACUGUCAUCAAUCACAAUCCAAUUUGCAGCUGUCCACCAGGACUCACUGGUGAUCCCUUCCUCGCAUGUCAAAGACUACCGGAAAGGCCACCGACUCCAAUUGACCCAUGUCAGCCAUCUCCAUGUGGCCCUAACUCCCAGUGUCAACUGAUCAACAAUUCACCUUCUUGUUCUUGCCUUCCCGAUUUCACCGGUUCUCCACCAACAUGCAGACCAGAAUGCAUCAGUAAUUCUGAGUGUGCUAGCAAACUCGCUUGUAUUAAUCGGAGAUGCACAGAUCCAUGUCCCAAUUCUUGUGGUGAAUUCGCCACUUGUCAUGUUGUUAGUCACACUCCGAUGUGCGUAUGCCCAGUGGGAUUCACGGGAGAUCCAUUCUCUCAGUGUGUAAUACAACAAUUUGAUGUGCAACCAGUCACUACUCAUCCCUGCUCACCAUCACCAUGUGGUCCCAAUGCAGUUUGCGAAGAAAGAAAUAAUGCUGGCUCCUGCUCCUGCUCACCAGGAUACAUCGGAAAUCCCUACGAGGGUUGCAGACCGGAAUGCGUUCUAAAUUCUGAUUGUCCCCAGAAUCUUGCGUGUAUGAAUUCGAAAUGCCGCGAUCCGUGUCCCGGAACUUGUGGACAAAAUGCUAACUGUCAAGUCAUCAAUCAUUUGCCGAAUUGUGCCUGCAUUCCUCAAUACAGUGGAGAUCCUUUCAGAUACUGCUCUCCCGUCCAACAACCACCAUCUGGAAAUGUUGACGUAUGCAGUCCAUCCCCUUGUGGCCCUUUCAGCCAGUGUCGAGAUAGCAAUGGCCAAGCUGUAUGUUCGUGCUUGCCAGGGUAUAAUGGUAGACCACCAGGAUGUCGACCAGAAUGCACAACGAGUUCUGAAUGUUCCGCUGAUCGUGCUUGUGUCAACCAGAAAUGUGUGAAUCCCUGUCCUGAUCCAUGUGGCCAACAAGCGACAUGCAGAAUCCUUAAUCAUAGUCCGAUUUGCAGUUGCAGUCCGGGCUUCACUGGUGAUCCAUUCACCCUGUGCUUCCCCACACCGAUGCCUCCUAAAGUUACGGAACAACCAAGAGAUCCAUGUAUGCCAUCACCGUGCGGUCCAAAUGCUCAGUGCUACAAUAGCAAUGGCAAUCCCGUUUGCUCAUGCUCCCAAAAUUUCAUAGGAAGUCCGCCGAACUGCAGACCGGAGUGUGUCAUUAACUCUGAGUGCUCGAGUAAUUUAGCCUGUAUCAACCAAAAAUGCAGAGAUCCAUGUCCAGGUUCUUGUGGCUUGAAUGCGGUAUGUUCUGUCUACAAUCACGUACCCAUUUGUGCGUGUUUGGAGGGCUAUACCGGCGAUUCAUUCACGGGAUGUCAAUACAGACCACCCAGUGAACCACAAGCCACAGAUCCUUGUAGUCCUUCCCCAUGUGGUUCGAAUACUCAAUGUCAUAACGGGAUAUGCUCAUGUCUGCCAGGGUACAUUGGCGAACCUAAUGUCGGAUGUAGACCUGAAUGUGUUCUGAAUAACGAGUGUCCAUUGAACAGAGCGUGCAUUAGAAAUAAAUGCGUUGAUCCAUGCCCCGGUACAUGCGGACAAAAUGCGCAAUGCAAUGUGUUCAACCACAUUCCUAUGUGCAGUUGUAUCCCGGGGAUGACUGGCAAUGCACUAGUAUUGUGUCAGCCAGUUACAGCUCCGGUAACAACGAGACCUUGCACCCCAUCUCCCUGCGGUCCAAACAGCAUUUGCCGUGAGGUGAAUGGUCAGGCUGUGUGCACCUGUGCACCUGAAUUCUUAGGGUCUCCACCCACCUGUCGACCCGAAUGUUUACUCAGUUCAGACUGUCCCAGGAAUGAAGCGUGUACCAAUCAAAAAUGUCGAAAUCCUUGUGUUGGAACUUGUGGUCGUAAUGCCCAGUGCCAAGUUAUCAAUCACAAUCCUAUCUGUUCAUGUCCUGAGCGUUAUACAGGAGACCCUUUCACCCACUGCUCCUUAACACAAGAUGUACCUGUUGCGCCACCAGUAAACCCUUGUCAACCAUCACCCUGCGGCCCUUACGCCCAAUGUCAAGUCAUUAAUGACUCACCGUCCUGCUCCUGUGAACCGCAAUACACUGGUUCACCACCAAAUUGCCGUCCCGAAUGCAUCAGUAACUCAGAAUGCCCCAGUAAUCAGGCGUGUGUCAAUCAGAAGUGUAGGGAUCCCUGUCCGAAUUCAUGUGGCACCAACACAGAAUGUAGAGUCGUCAGCCAUACGCCAAUGUGUGUGUGUCUGACAGGAUAUACCGGUGAUCCAUUCACUGGCUGCUCAACAAUACCAUUUGUUCCAUCAACGCCCGAUAGGCCAUUAUCGCCCUGUGUACCCUCGCCCUGUGGUGCCAAUGCCAUCUGUAAAGAAUCCAACAACGCUGGUUCAUGUACGUGUUUACCAGACUACAUUGGAAACCCAUACGAGGGAUGUAGACCCGAGUGUAUCAUUGAUUCCGACUGCCCUUCAUACCAGAGUUGCAUCAGAUCAAAAUGCCGUGACCCCUGUCCCGGUGCCUGUGGCCAAAAUGCCGAAUGCAAUGCAAUCAAUCAUUCACCCACAUGCACAUGCAGCCGAGGAUAUACCGGUGAUCCAUUUAGAUUCUGUACCCCCAUCGACACCACUGAGUUCGAUAGGCCAAAAGAACUCUGUAAUCCAUCACCUUGCGGACCCAAUAGUCGAUGUAUUGAAAACAAUGGCCAAGCAGUAUGUUCUUGCUUGGUGAAUCAUAUUGGUACGCCACCCAACUGCCGCCCUGAGUGCGUAUCCUCCGCCCAGUGUCCCAAUCACCUCGCCUGCGAUAAUCAAAGAUGUGUCAAUCCUUGUCCCGCACCAUGUGGACUCAAUACUCAGUGCAAUGUUGUCAACCACAGUCCCAUUUGCACCUGUAUGGCGGGUUACAGUGGAGAUCCCUUCACUAUCUGCAGUUUCAUCCCAUCACCACCUGAAAAAGGUCCAGAUGUCAGCCGAGACCCAUGUGUACCCUCACCCUGCGGGAGCUUCUCGAACUGUCGAAACAUUAAUGGCGCCCCAGCUUGUAGCUGCCGUGAAAGCUACAUUGGCCAACCUCCCAAUUGCCGUCCCGAGUGCAUCAUCAGUUCAGAGUGUCCCAGCGAUGAGGCCUGUAUAAACGAAAAAUGCCGUGACCCAUGUCCUGGUUCCUGUGGUGUAGGAGCACGUUGUUUCAUAUCCAAUCAUAUUCCCACGUGUAAUUGUCCAGAAGGUUUCACUGGUGAUCCAUUUACCAUCUGUAACUUGCUCCCUCAAAAACCAUGGGCCAAUGAAACCGUGGACAGAUGCAACCCAUCUCCUUGCGGGCCCAACGCUCAAUGUAGUAACGGAGAAUGUAGUUGCUUGCCAGAAUAUCAGGGGAAUCCCUACACUGGUUGUCGACCAGAGUGUGUGCUUAAUGCCGAUUGCCCGAGAGACAGAGCCUGCUUGAGGAAUAAAUGCAGUGAUCCCUGCCCUGGUGCCUGUGCCAAUAAUGCAGUUUGCACGGUUAUAAAUCGUGUCCCCAUGUGUAGUUGUCCAGAAGGGAUGACUGGUAAUGCUUUCAGCAGUUGUUCAGCAAUUCAGCAGAUUGUACCAGAGAACCCUUGCAAUCCAUCACCCUGCGGUCCCAAUAGUGAAUGUCGAGUGGUCAAUGGACAAGGUGUCUGCUCAUGUCUCAGAGGGUACAUUGGCAGUCCACCGACGUGUCGACCAGAAUGUAUCGUCAGCUCGGAUUGUCCACAGAACGAAGCUUGCAACAAUCAGAGGUGCAUAAAUCCUUGCCCAGGAACGUGUGGACAGAAUGCCCUUUGUGUUGUUGUGGGACAUAAUCCCAUAUGCAGCUGUCCAGUCAGAUUCACUGGAGAUCCAUUUGUUUCUUGCACACCCCUAAUCAUGAAAGAAACCCCACCUGAACCAAGAGACCCGUGUUCACCCUCGCCCUGCGGUCCAAACGCUCAAUGUCAAGUGAUCAACAAUUCGCCAUCAUGUUCCUGCAAUCCAGAAUUUAUGGGAAGCCCACCAAACUGCCGCCCUGAAUGUAUCAGUAAUGGAGAUUGUUCAUCCCAUCUUGCAUGCAUCAAUCAAAGAUGUAGGAACCCUUGCAUUGGAUCUUGUGGAGCUAAUGCAGAUUGUCAUGUUGUUAGUCAUACCCCAAUGUGCAGCUGUAUGAAUGGCUUCACUGGAGAUCCUUUCAGCCAGUGCAAUAUUGCCCAGGCUCCCCCAAUAUCCGCUAAACCCAAUACACCCUGCGAGCCAUCACCCUGCGGUCACAAUGCCAUUUGCCGAGAGCAAAAUGGCGCUGGAUCUUGCUCAUGCUUACCAGAAUACAUAGGCAACCCUUACGAAGGGUGUAGGCCAGAAUGCAUCGUGAAUUCCGAUUGUCCUGCCAAUUUAGCUUGUUUGAAUUCCAAGUGUAGAGAUCCAUGUCCUGGAACAUGUGGUUCCAAUGCCCUCUGUAGAGUUAUGAAUCAUUUGCCUCAGUGUACCUGUUACCCAGGAUACUCUGGCGAUCCAUUCCAAUUCUGCCGAAUCAUUCAGGAUUCAUUACCAACUACGACAGAUCCAUGCAAUCCAUCACCUUGUGGACCAAACAGUCAAUGCCGCGUCAUCAACGGGCAGUCCGUUUGUAGUUGUCAAUCGGAAUACAUAGGAAGCCCUCCGUCUUGUCGUCCAGAAUGCACCACUAGCUCAGAAUGCCCGAGCAAUCGAGCCUGCGUUAAUCGUAAAUGUGCUGAUCCAUGCCCGGGAACUUGUGGCUUCAACACCAGAUGUGAAAUUAUCAAUCAUAGCCCCAUAUGCUCGUGUCAAGCUGGCUUCACUGGUGAUCCUUUUGUCAACUGUUUCAAAAUGUCCGAGCCCCUGCCACCUAUUAAUCAACCAACGUACACAAACCCUUGUGUACCUUCGCCGUGUGGACCAAAUGCCGAAUGUCGAGACGUGAACGGCCAGGCCUCUUGUACUUGCCAGCCAAACUUCAGUGGUUCACCACCAAAUUGCCGGGCCGAGUGCGUCAUCAAUCCGGACUGCCCGAGUAAUCGCGCAUGCAUGCAGUCCAAAUGUCGGGAUCCUUGUCCUGGCUCUUGUGGAAUAAAUGCUGAAUGCGUUGUGAUGAAUCAUACUCCCAUCUGCAAUUGCCCUGAUGGAUUCACAGGAGAUCCAUUCACCAGGUGUUCACCACAGCCUCAAUUGCCACCUGAACCUAAGCCGUCACCUUGUAGCCAAUGCGCUGCCAACACACAGUGUUUAAACAAUCAGUGUAUUUGUAUGCCAGAGUUCCAAGGCAAUCCCUACAUCGGAUGCCGACCCGAAUGUGUUCUGAAUACAGACUGUUCGAGAGACCUUGCUUGUAUGAAUUUGAAGUGUCGUGAUCCAUGUCAGGGUACAUGCGGUGAAAAUGCAGUUUGCAGUGUUGUUAAUCACAUUCCCAUUUGUACAUGUCCUGCGGGCAUGUCUGGCAAUGCAUUUUUCACCUGUUCUCCCGUAGAAGUUCCAUCAGAAAGAGACCCUUGCAAUCCGUCCCCCUGCGGCUCGAACAGUCAAUGUCGAAAGACCAACGGCCAAGCGGUGUGUUCGUGCAUCCCGGGUUACCUCGGUGUCCCACCAAAUUGUCGACCUGAAUGUACCGUCUCCUCUGACUGCGUUCCCACCAUGGCAUGUAGCAAUCAGAGAUGUAUCGACCCAUGUCCCGGUACCUGUGGCAUCCGGGCACAAUGCCACGUUGUCAAUCACAAUCCGAUCUGCGUCUGCCCACAAGAUCUAACGGGAGAUCCCUUUAUCACCUGCUCUCCAAUACCGAGAGAUCCAGAGCCUCCACAAAAUCCGUGCCAGCCCUCUCCUUGCGGUCCAAAUGCCCAGUGCCAAGUGAUCAAUAACUCCCCGUCCUGCUCAUGUGGUCCAGAAUUCCGAGGUACUCCACCGAACUGUCGGCCGGAAUGUGCAAGCAAUUCAGAAUGUCCCAACAACUUGGCUUGUAUCAAUCAGAAGUGUAGGGAUCCAUGUCCUGGAUCAUGUGGCACUGAUGCUGAAUGCAAAGUGAUAAGUCACACGCCCAUGUGUAUUUGUUUACCCGGAUUCACUGGGGAUCCUUUCACCCAGUGUAAUAUGUCACCAAUUGAGCCCCCAGGAAAGGAUCAGCCAACACCAUGUGUGCCGUCUCCCUGCGGGGCUAAUGCCGUCUGCCGGGAGCAAUACGGUGCUGGUGCUUGCACCUGCCUUCCCAAUUACAUCGGAAAUCCUUACGAAGGUUGUAGACCCGAGUGCGUGGUGAAUUCAGAUUGUACAGCAGACAGGGCUUGUAUUCGAUCAAAAUGUCAAGAUCCUUGUCCGGGAGCUUGUGGACAAGGUGCAAUAUGUCAAGUGAUGAAUCACUUGCCAUCGUGUACUUGUCAGCCAGGCUACAGUGGUAAUCCCUUCAGCUUCUGCAGUGUCAUUCAGGAACCACCCACUCCAGAGGGAGUCAGUCCUUGUCAACCUUCGCCUUGUGGACCAAACAGCCAGUGUCGGGAAACAAAUGGUCAAGCCGUUUGCUCCUGUUCAGCCGGCUUCACAGGAACACCACCUACUUGCCGUCCAGAGUGUACAGUGAGCUCAGAGUGUCCAUUGAAUCGAGCGUGCGUGAACCAGAAAUGCGUAGAUCCAUGCCCCGGAAUUUGUGGAAUUAAUGCACGUUGUAAUGUCAUCAAUCACAGUCCCUUCUGUGUCUGCAAUACAGGACUCAUGGGCAAUCCCUUCGUGAGAUGCUUCGAGGUACCAGCUGUUCCUGAAGAUCGACCAGCGCAGAACCCCUGUAUUCCAUCACCAUGUGGACCCUUCGCAUCGUGCCGCGAUGUGGGAGGGAUUCCAUCGUGUUCGUGCGAUCAGAGUUACAUUGGCUCUCCACCAAAUUGUCGACCAGAGUGUACCAUUAAUGCGGAUUGCGUGAGUAAUCUCGCCUGCUUGAGAUCCAAGUGUUCUGAUCCCUGUCCAGGGUCGUGUGGUGUUGGUGCUCAGUGCAGCGUCAUUAAUCAUACGCCAGUGUGCAAUUGUCCAGAGGGAUACACUGGGGAUCCCUUCACGAGUUGUUCACCAAGUCCUUAUCAACCAAAUGUGCCGGAGGACCCAUGCAAUCCAUCGCCAUGUGGUGCCAAUGCUCAAUGUCGAGACGGUCAAUGCACAUGUUUGCCCGAGUACCAAGGGGAUCCUUACCGAGGCUGUCGACCAGAAUGCGUGCAAAAUUCAGAAUGUCCUUUGACCAUGGCGUGCAUUAACAAUAAAUGCGGCAAUCCUUGCCCAGGAGUAUGCGGCCAGAACGCUGAGUGCAAUGUCAUUCAACAUAUUCCAAUGUGCAACUGUCCUUCCGGAACUACUGGCAAUGCUUUCCAGGUUUGUAUCCCCGCUGAAGCACCGACUGUUACAGAUCCCUGCAGUCCGUCACCAUGCGGCCCCAACAGUCGUUGCCAGCAGACGAAUGGUCAGGCCACUUGUUCCUGCGUGGUAGGAUUCAUUGGUAGCCCUCCAGGAUGUCGUCCAGAAUGUGUCACCAAUUCUGAAUGCCCAUUGAAUCAAGCGUGUACCAAUCAAAAGUGUGUGGAUCCCUGUCAAGGCUCCUGCGGUGUCUCUGCACAUUGUCAGGUUGUGAAUCACAAUCCCAUUUGCAGCUGUCCUGCAAGCUUCACUGGGGAUCCCUUCAUCAGAUGUACAAUUCAAGAGAGACCCCCUGAACCUCCUGUUCCACAGAAUCCUUGUCAACCUUCUCCUUGCGGUUCCAAUGCGGAAUGUCGAGUUGUUAAUAACUCGCCCAGUUGCUCUUGCCUCCCUGAAUUCCGAGGAAACCCACCAAACUGUCGUCCUGAAUGUGUAACAAACUCUGAUUGUACCAGUGCACAAGCAUGCAUCAACAGAAAAUGUCAGGAUCCGUGCAGAGGUGUAUGCGGAACUAAUGCUGACUGUUUUGUUCUCAAUCAUGUACCGAGCUGUAGCUGCCAACAGAAAUUCACUGGCGAUCCAUUUGUCCAAUGCACUGUUAUUCAAGGUCCCUCUUCUGAGUCAUCCCGAACACCCUGUGCCUCAUCCCCUUGUGGUGCAAACGCCAUCUGCAGGGAGCGUAAUGACGCCGGCUCGUGCAGUUGUCUCCCGGGUUAUAUCGGCAAUCCCUACGAAGGCUGCAGACCUGAAUGUGUAAUCAACACCGACUGUCCCGCGAAUCUCGCCUGUAUUAGAUCCAAGUGUCAGGAUCCCUGUCCUGGCACUUGCGGUGGAAACGCUAAUUGUCAAGUCGUAUCACAUUUACCUUCAUGUACUUGUGCACCCAGUUACACCGGAAAUCCUUUUGUUUUCUGUAACGCGAUACCACAGAACGUCCCAGCACCCACUGAUCCUUGCAAUCCAUCGCCAUGCGGACCCAAUAGCAGAUGUCAAGUCAAUAACAAUCAGGCGAUUUGUUCUUGUACCCCAGAAUUCAUUGGUAAUCCACCAAAUUGCCGACCAGAAUGUACCGUCAGUUCUGAAUGUUCGCCUGUACUGGCUUGUCUCAAUCAGAAGUGUCGUGACCCUUGCCCGGGGGUGUGUACAAAUAAUGCCUCUUGUCGAGUCAUCAAUCAUAGCCCGAUUUGCAGUUGUAAUCCUGGUAGCACCGGAGAUCCCUUUGUCCAGUGUUUCCCAAUGCUUCCUCCGACCGAAGGCAUACAAGACCCCUGCAGCCCCUCACCAUGUGGUCCAAAUGCAAUCUGCAGAAAUAUCGGUAAUUCGCCGUCCUGUGCUUGCAUAGAUAACUACAUAGGCUCUCCUCCGAAUUGCCGCCCUGAGUGUUCCAUCAACCCUGAUUGUACCAGUGAUAGGGCUUGCAUAAGAGAGAAAUGCCGCGACCCAUGUCCUGGCUCUUGUGGUUUAUCCGCUAAAUGCGCAGUCGUCAAUCAUGUACCUGUCUGUACGUGCCCCGAAGGAUUCACAGGAGAUCCGUUUACCAGUUGUCAGCCCACACCUCCACCCGCAGAACCGCCAGUACUACAAGACCCUUGCAACCCAUCACCAUGUGGUGCAAAUGCCCAGUGCCAAAACGGCCGGUGCUCAUGCCUCCCAGAGUACCUUGGUGAUCCUUACUUUGGUUGUCGACCCGAAUGUGUUACGAAUGAAGAAUGUCCAAGGAACCGAGCAUGUGUCAAUCAAAAAUGUGUAGACCCUUGUCCAAGGGCCUGUGGCAUUGAUGCUACGUGCAACGUCAUUAAUCACCUACCAAUGUGUAGUUGCCCUCAGGGUAUGUCAGGAAAUGCUUUCAUCCAAUGUUCACCAAUGGACGAAUCGACAGUAACCGAUCCCUGCAAUCCAUCACCAUGUGGACCGAAUAGCCACUGUCGACAGAAUAACAACCAAGCUGUUUGCACUUGCAUACCAGGGUAUUUCGGUACUCCCCCAUCGUGCAGACCUGAAUGUGUUGUGUCCUCAGAUUGUCCAAGGGAUCGAGCAUGUAACACACAGAAGUGCAUUGAUCCAUGUUUGGGAACUUGUGGUUUCAGUGCCCAGUGUGUUGUUAUCAAUCAUAAUCCCAUAUGCAAUUGUCCGAUUGGAAUGACUGGAGAUCCAUUCACCAGAUGUUUCCCAACACCGAGAGAUCCAGCACCUCCGACAGACAACUGCAAACCAUCCCCAUGCGGUCCCAAUGCCCAAUGCCGAGUUGUAAACAACUCUCCUUCGUGUUCCUGCUUGCCACAAUUUGUAGGCAGCCCACCAAACUGCAAACCCGAAUGCAUAAGUAACUCUGAAUGCCCAUCCAAUCAAGCCUGUCUCAAUCAGAAAUGCCGGGACCCAUGUCCCAACUCCUGUGGAUUCAAUACUAACUGUGCCACAAUCAGUCAUACACCGAUGUGCUCUUGCAGUCCUGGAUUCACUGGUGAUCCAUUCGUACAAUGUAAUCGGGUAGAAAUCCCCCCUGUGCCAGUACCAACAAACCCCUGUCUGCCAUCACCAUGUGGUGCUAAUGCUGUUUGUCGUGAGUCUUACGGUGCAGCAAUGUGUUCAUGUGCCCCAGAAUUCUAUGGAAAUCCAUACGAGGGUUGCAGACCCGAAUGUGUGAUUGACACAGAUUGCACAGCAAAUCAGGCCUGUAUCAGGUCAAAAUGUCAGAACCCCUGUCUAGGAACAUGCGGUCAAAACGCCAUAUGUCAAGUCAUAAAUCAUGUGCCAUCGUGUUCUUGUGAGAGGGGCUACAUGGGCGAUCCUUUCAGGUUCUGCCGUUCUGUCCAACAAACUCCAAAUAUCCCUAAAAACCCGUGCAACCCAUCGCCGUGUGGAGACAACAGUCAAUGUCGUGUUUCCAACAAUCAACCAAUUUGCACAUGCCAGCCUGAAUAUACAGGAACUCCACCAUCAUGCCGUCCAGAAUGCGUCUCGAGCACCCAAUGUCCAUCCAAUCUUGCCUGUAUAAAUAAAAAAUGCGCUGAUCCAUGUCCCGGCAUAUGUGGAAUUGCUGCUCUUUGUGAUACACGCAAUCACAGCCCCAUAUGCAGCUGUCCUCCGAAUCAGACGGGAGAUCCAUUCGUCAAGUGCUUUGAUAUUCCGGCAAUGUCCAAGAAUCCUGUUAAUCCAUGUGUUCCAUCACCCUGUGGACCCUUCUCCAUUUGUCAGGGCAAUGCUGGGUAUCCAGCGUGUUCCUGCAGUCAAAAUUACAUCGGUACUCCUCCGAAUUGUCGCCCAGAGUGUAGCAUCAACCCUGAAUGCAGCCAGAAUCAAGCGUGCAUUAGAGAAAAGUGUCGGGAUCCUUGUCCUGGAUCAUGUGGCACCAGUGCCCUCUGCACUGUUAUUAAUCAUACGCCUGUUUGCACGUGUCCCGAGGGAUUCACUGGAGACCCAUUCAGUAACUGCUUCCCUAAACCACAACCACCUCAACGGCCAACACCAAAGAACCCCUGCGACCCAUCCCCUUGUGGGCCCAAUGCUCAAUGCCGUAACGGCACUUGCAUGUGUCUGCCUGAUUAUCAUGGUGACCCAUACUUUAGUUGUCAACCCGAAUGUGUCCAAAAUUCGGACUGCCCUCUCAAUAGAGCCUGUUCCAACAAUAAAUGCGUGGACCCUUGUCCCAAUAUUUGCGGACGCAAUGCUGAAUGCAAUGUUGUCAAUCACAUACCCAUGUGCAGUUGCAUCGUUGACUAUCAAGGAGAUCCUUUCUCCACUUGUCAGCCGAUUGAACAUCCCAAAGAGAAUCCUUGCGAGCCAUCACCCUGCGGUCCCAACUCAGCCUGCCGUCAAUUCGGUGAGCAGGUGUCUUGCUCAUGUUUACCUGGAUUCCUGGGUAACCCGCCCAGCUGUCGACCCGAAUGUAUCGUGAGUUCCGAUUGCGAACAGAAUCGUGCCUGCAUCAAUCGACGUUGCCAGGAUCCAUGCACUGGGGUGUGUGGCCAGAACGCAUUGUGUACAGUUAGGAAUCAUAAUCCGAUAUGCACGUGCCCUCAGAGAUAUGCGGGCGAUCCCUUCGUUCAAUGCUUCCCCAUGAGAGGACCCGACGACGUGCCGAAGAAUCCCUGCAUUCCCUCGCCCUGUGGACCCAAUGCCAUCUGUACAACCGUGAACAACGCACCCAACUGCGUUUGCCAAUCCGAAUUUUCUGGUUCACCACCGAACUGCAGACCAGAAUGUAGAAUCAAUAGUGAAUGUCCAAACCAUCUUGCCUGCGUUAGCAAUAAAUGCGCGGAUCCCUGUCCUGGUUCUUGCGGUAUAAACGCAGUGUGUCAGGUUUCCCAGCAUCAGCCCUCGUGCAAUUGCCUGGAGGAUCACACUGGUGAUCCCUUCACCCUCUGUACUAUGAUACCGAAACGACCUCAGCCACCCGUGCCGAAACGCCCUUGUGAUCCAUCACCCUGUGGCGCCAACGCCUUCUGUCGUGAGCGUUAUGAUACAGCAAUCUGCGAAUGCUGGCCAGAUUACCGAGGAAAUCCCUACGAAGCCUGUCACCCAGAGUGUCUUGUCAACACAGACUGUCCCAAUUCUCUGGCCUGCAUUCGCACGAGAUGCCAAGAUCCAUGUCCUGGUACCUGUGGAAUCGGGGCUGUCUGCACAGUCUCCAAUCACGUGCCCAUCUGCUCCUGUCCAUAUCCAUCCAUUGGCGAUGCAUUCACGCAGUGUCAAGUACCACCUAGACAGCCGGAUACUCCGGAUCCAUGCAAUCCAUCGCCAUGUGGGCCUAAUACGAUUUGCGAGAAGAUUGGGCAAGGUGUUGUGUGCAAGUGCCUACCGGGUCUUCAAGGGGAGCCAUCUAGCCUCGCUGGAUGUCAUCCUGAGUGUAUCGUGAGCUCUGACUGUCCUGGUGACAAGGCCUGUGAAAACACCAGAUGUGUGAACCCCUGCAAUCAGAAUAUUUGUGGCAUUGGAGCAACUUGCAGGGCCAUUAACCACAGUCCCUUGUGUAGCUGUCCAGUACCACUCGUUGGAAAUCCAUUCGUCGAGUGUCGCAGAGAGGAACUCUCAGACCCCUGCAAUCCCUCACCUUGCAAUGUCAAUGGAGAAUGCAGAGUGCGUAACAAGCUAGCCUUCUGCAUAUACCCGGAAUGCCUCAUUAACUCUGAUUGUCCAAGAGACCGUGCCUGUUUCAACCAACGCUGUCGCGAUCCUUGCAUAGACACCUGCGGCGUUAAUUCGAUCUGUCAGACGAUCAACCACAAGCCAGUCUGCUCGUGUCCAACCGGCUUCAUCGGCGAUCCAUUCCUGCAGUGCAGAAUUGCAGACAUCGAAAUACCAAGACCCGAAUGUACAAGAAACUCAGAGUGUCCCAAUGACAAGACCUGCUGGGAGCAUCGAUGCGUUGAUCCGUGCAGCUUGGGAUCAUGUGGAGUUAACAGCAGGUGCCAGGUUCUCCUUCACCGCGCCGUUUGCGUCUGUAACGAAGGCUUCACAGGAAAUCCACAGCAGUACUGCCAGGAAAUUGGCUGCAGAAGCGAUCAGGCAUGUCCUCUAUCACAGUCCUGCGUUAAUGAAAACUGCAUUGAUGUUUGUGAGAUCACUCAGUGCGGUUUGAAUGCUGUCUGCCAACCGAAUGGUUACCACAGAUCGAUGUGUGUAUGUCUCGACGGUUACGAUGGUGAUCCUAAUCGCGCUUGUUAUCGACCGGAGUGCACAACCGACUCAGAAUGUCCAUCAUAUCUUGCCUGCAGAAACACCAAAUGCGUAGAUCCCUGCAAUUGUCCAUCGACUUCCCAGUGCUCCGUCAUCAAUCAUCAUGCAAUGUGCAGGUGUCCGACUGGAUACAAUGGAGAUGCAUCUGUUGGUUGCGUCAGAGAUAUCGAACCAAUUCCUGAAUGUAAUGUUGAUGCUGAUUGUCCAAGUCGACUUGCCUGCUUCGGUGGCACUUGCAAAGAUCCGUGCAGGGAGACACAGCCUUGCGUCACCAACGCCAAGUGCACAGUAGUUGAUACCCUCCCAAUGAGAACAAUGCUCUGCGAAUGUCUUCACAACUUCAUCGGAGAUGCUACCGUCGCUUGUGCUCCAAUAGCCGGUCAAAUAGAGAAACUGUGCACAUCUAACUCCGAAUGUCCGAUUGAUACAGCCUGUUUGAACUCUCGUUGUGUCAAUCCUUGUACUAUAAAUCCAUGCUCCAGUCGGGCUGAAUGCAGGGUUGAGAAUCAUCAACACGUCUGCACGUGUCCCGACGGCUACCUUGGAGAUGCCUUCACAGGAUGUUACAGGGACAACACACCUGUUCCUGAGUGCACCAGCAAUGACGAUUGCUCUUCCAAUCUGGCUUGUGUCAAUCAGUUGUGUCAAAACCCGUGCUCGAGUGACAGGUGUGGCUUGAACGCUGAUUGCAUCAUGAUUGAGCAUCAUCCUACAUGUCACUGUCCUCAGGGAUAUGCUGGUGAUCCGCAGAACCAGUGCUUCAAACCAGAAUGCAAAGCAGACGAUGACUGUCCAUACGACAAAUCCUGUCGCAAUGGCUACUGUGCAAAUCCCUGUCACGUGGGUGAUGUUCACUGUGGCCGUGGUGCCGAAUGCCUUGUCGCUGGGCAUCGUGCUCAAUGCCUAUGUCCUCUGGGUACCCAGGGUGAUCCACGUAUCGCCUGUAUCUCCUCCAUCUGUCAUUACAACGAAGACUGCCCAGAUCAUGAGGCUUGCGAUAGACUCAAUCGUGUCUGUCGUCCAGUCUGUGAUGAAGAGACAUGCGCUGAAACCGCUACUUGUAUCCCCAAAAAUCACCAGCCUAAAUGUGUCUGUCCAGCCGGCACAACGGGCAAUCCAUACAUCGAUUGCUCUGAACUACCAUCUCACAAACCAGAAUGCCGAUCUGAUUCCGAAUGUCCAGUCUCGUUAGCUUGCAUAAACACACGCUGUCAAGAUCCCUGCAUACUAUCAGAUAUGUGUUCCCCAGAUCAACGGUGCCGAGUUCUGAAUACCGUUCCCCUUCGAACAAUGAUCUGCGAAUGUCCCCCGGAAACCUUUACCAACAUCAACGGCAAAUGUCAGAAGAUCAUCUGGCACGAUGUGCAGUGUCACACUGAUGACGAAUGCUCCGAUCAUGAUCAAUGUCUUAACGGCAAUUGCGUCGAUGCCUGUCUGACAACCCGGUGUGGUUUUAACGCCCAAUGUCGAUCCACAUCACACACUGGAGUCUGUUUCUGCGCCCCGGAAUACACUGGUAACGCUUACAUCGAAUGCGCCCUCAUGCCACGAGAGCCAUCACCACCACCUCAACCAGAGUGCUAUGCAACCAGUGAGUGCCCGUCGGAUCGUCAAUGCAUAAACUCCAAAUGUGUUAAUCCAUGUGUGGCUGGAGAUCCGUGUGGUCGAAAUGCGUUAUGUCACGUGGACGAUCACCACCCGAUCUGCAGGUGCCCUAUCGAUCAUUUGGGAGAUCCCAGAAUCGAGUGUAUACCGCCGAAAAUAACUCUUGGAUGUCUUUCUAACAGCGAGUGCGCUGGUACCGAAGCCUGCGUCAACAAUCGCUGUAUUAACCCUUGUAACUGUGGCCAGAAUGCUGAAUGUCUUGUGGCAAAUCACUACCCAUCGUGUGUAUGUCAUCCUGGUUACUCGGGAAAUCCUCAACUGGGUUGCACCAAGCUCCAAUGCGAAGCUGAUCACGAAUGUCCGUACGAGGAGACUUGCCACCAAGGGCAAUGUGUCACUCCAUGUCUCCUCGAUAAUCCGUGUGCUAUAAACGCAGAAUGUUACGGAAAGAAUCAUCGGUCGGCUUGUAGAUGCGGUUUCGGCUACUUCGGUAAUCCCGAGGUCAUCUGCGAGCGUGCAGAAUGCACCAGUGAUUUUGAAUGCCCGCAGACGCUUGCCUGUGAGAACAAACGCUGUGUCGAUCCAUGUAAUGACAAAUCACCCUGUGCUGCAAAUGCUAUCUGCUUCGUCAGGGCGCACACACCAUUGUGCAAAUGUCCAGAAAGUUUGCCUCUUGGUAAUGCAUUCUCCUACUGCGAACGAAAACCACCUACGGUUGAAGAACCUGAGUGUCGGAAUGACAUUGAUUGUCCAAGUCGACUGGCGUGCAUCAAGGAGACCUGCGUAGACCCUUGUUUGACCAUCAGACCGUGCCUCGAGAACGCUCGCUGUGGAGUGUUGGAUACAGUGCCGGUCAGAACAAUGGUUUGCACUUGUCCUGAUGGCUGGAGAACAGAUACCGAUGGCUUCUGCCGACCGAUUACUGUUAUAGGAACCUGUGCAUCAGACUCUGAAUGUCCCGACCAAGAGGCUUGCGUCAAUCGUCGCUGUAGGGAUCCCUGCAACUGCGGACGAAAUGCUAACUGUUUCGUCAAGAACCAUAAACCCAUCUGCUCGUGUCUCGAAGGAUACCAGGGGAAUCCCGAGGUUGCUUGUUACUCGCUCGAGUGCCAGAGAGAUUCCGAAUGUAUGCCGGAUAAAUCUUGCGUCAACAACAACUGUGUUAAUCCCUGUUUAUUCAACGACCAAUGUGGAAUUAAUGCCCAGUGCCUGGCAGUUAAUCAUCGAGCUGACUGCCGAUGCAAGGAAGGUUAUGUUGGGAAUCCCAGGGACAAGUGUCAAGUCAUCGGAUGCUAUAGCAAUGGAGAUUGUCCAGCAGAUCGUUCCUGCGUCAAUCGACAAUGCAUCGAUCCUUGCCUCCACGAAAAUCCAUGCGCCAAUACAGCUGAAUGUCGAGUUCACGCACAUGUCCCGAUUUGCAGAUGUCUCCCUGGAUACAUUGGGAAUCCCAAUGUUGAUUGUAGACUGGAACCACAACCGGAAUGUCGUGUGGAUGGAGACUGCAAAACUUCUCAGGCAUGUUUCAAUGAGAAAUGUCAGGAUCCCUGUACAAUCGUCGAGCCCUGCAUAGCGCCAUCUGAAUGCCGGGUAUUACCAACAUUACCGGUUAGGACAAUGGUCUGUAUGUGUCCACCGGGUUACAUCAGCAGUGGAAGUGGAACUUGCGAACCAACAACACCAAUUGUUCCCAUCGGCUGCGUCAAGAACGACGAUUGUGCAGCAGAUCGGUCUUGCAUCAACGGCGUUUGCAGAGAUCCUUGCGCUUGUGGAGGCAAUGCCCACUGUGACGUCCUUGAUCACAAGCCCAUCUGCUCCUGCCUCAGUGGAUACGAUGGUAACCCUGAUGUCGGUUGCUCUAGAACAGUCGAAUGCCGAUCUAACGAUCAAUGCAGUGACACUCAUACUUGUAUUCAGAACACCUGCGUCCCAGCGUGCUCACCGACUUUAUCACCAUGCGCUAAAGAUGCUGUAUGCUAUGGCAUCGAUCAUCAAGCCGUUUGUGAAUGUCCACCAGGUUUCGCUGGUAAUCCUCGGCUAUCCUGCAAACCUCUUGGCUGCCGUAGCAACUCUGAUUGCCCGACCAAUCGUGCCUGUGUCAACAGUCAGUGCAUCAAUCCGUGCACCAAAAACCCAUGCACUGGACAAUUGGAAUGCAACGUUCUUAAUCAUGCUGUUGAAUGUGCCUGUCCACCUGGCUACAUUGGAGACCUCAUCACUGGUUGCACUAGGGUCAUUAAGAAAUGUAAACAGGAUUAUGAAUGCCCCGCGCAGACAGCUUGCUUCGAUGGUGAAUGCAUCAAUCCUUGCGAGAAGAUUGAACCCUGUGGGGUCAAUGCAGACUGCAAAGUUCUGGAUACCAAACCGGUGAGGACGAUGAUCUGUGAAUGCAUACCCGGAUACAGGGGCAAUGCUGUCGUCAGGUGCGAUAAGACACAGGUGUGUCCCAUCGAGAAGGGACAGAUUAGAGAUCAAUAUGGCAAUUGUAUAUGCCCACCAAGUACUGCCAAGAAUGAGAUGGAUAUUUGUAUACCUUGUCGGCCAGAAACUGGUAUGAUUAUCACACCUGAUGGUCGUUGUAUUUGCGCCCUUGAAAAAGGCUUUAUCAUCGAUGAAUUUGGAAGAUGCAUCUGCCCGGUGGAACAUGGCUACCAACUGGAUCGCUACGGUAACUGUAAGCUCAUUCAGAUCAUCCAGUGCACUUCUGAUGAUGAUUGUCCGGACGAUAAGUACUGCGAAAAUGGAACGUGCGAGGAUCCUUGUAUCAAACAGACCUGUGCAGCCUACGCCAUUUGUUUGGCAUCGAGACAUCGUGCCAUCUGCCAAUGCAUCAGUGGCUACACUGGUGAUGGUUAUACAGUCUGCGGACAUGAGCCACCUGGUACUUUGAGGACAGACUUCCCGAAACCGGAGAUGGAGGCCAAUUGUCUCUCCGAUGGAGUUCAGGUUCAGAUACAUGUGCAGCAUCAAGGCUUUGAUGGGGUUCUGUACGUUCGGGGCAGGAGUAAAGAGGAAGAGUGUAGGAGAGUUCUCUCCAUUCCUGCCGAUAACACCGAUAAAACCGAAACGUUUAAGGUCAAGUUUGGUCAUUGUGGAUUGAUUCAUGUCAAUGGAGAAGCCAGUUUUGUCCUUGUCAUUCAAAAACAUCCGAAACUGGUGACAUACAAGGCACAAGCAUAUCACGUGAAGUGUAUCUAUCAGACUGGAGAGCAAAAUGUCACUCUGGGCUUCAAUGUCUCGAUGCUAACGACUGCAGGAACAAUUGCCAACACCGGACCACCUCCCACUUGCGCCAUGAAAAUCGUUACUCAGACUGGUGAUUCCAUAGCUUCAGCGGAGAUUGGACAGAAUCUGAUGCUUCAGGUGGACGUCCAACCACCGUCGAUCUACGGAGGAUUCGCAAGGAACUGCGUGGCUAAGACCAUGGAGGAUAACAAGGAGAACGAGUAUAUGGUGACUGAUGAAAAUGGAUGUGCCACCGAGCCUACGAUAUUUGGAGAGUGGAUGCAAGAUCCUGAGACACAGGCACUCACUGCCAGCUUUAAUGCAUUCAAAUUCCCGAGUAGCGAUAAUAUCAGGUUCCAGUGUAAUAUCAGGGUGUGCUUUGGAAGGUGUCAACCGGUCAACUGUCGUGGCUAUAAUGCAUUCGGACGUAAAAGAAGAGAUGUCGGAGACGACUACAACGACACAGCUCUGAGUAUAUCUGAUAGUUACGACGGCCAGCUCAGAGAAGAAAUAACAAUUUCCUCGAAUCUCAUAAAAACAGUGGAAAGAAGAGAAGAGAGAUAUACAUCAGAUCUUGCUGAAUUACCCGCAGCUCAGAGAGCUGAAGACAUAUGUGUUUCCAUGGUUGGUUUCAUAAUUUCCCUCGUUAUAACGGCGCUGUUGGCCCUCGUUGCCGUUGCCAUUGCCGUAUCGUGUUGGCUAAUGGCAUACAGAAGACAGCCAAAGACUGCCGGACCACUGCCACAUCCCCCCGAAUUUCCAAAUCCACUGUUCACAACUGAAUCAGUUGCUGAACCCUCACCUGAUUAUCAUCUCUCAUGAGACAACUCGAUGGAGAAAAAAAAAGGAAUCAUCGAGGGGUCGAUUUAAAAAAAUCACCCAUUUUUUUGUUAAUCGAAAUAAUUUUAGGAUAAUUAAUUUUAUACGAGGAAUGCAUUCCCGACCACCACGUCCUAAAACUGGUCGGCUGUGUAUUUCGGAAACGCAUCUCCUCCAGUGACUAAUUGUCGUAGUUUUUUUUCUCGUGUUAUUUUUUACACGCUCUUCUGUGGGACAAAAAUUAAUUAACAUUUGAAUUUUUAUUGAUGUGGUGCUUAGACUGGAGAAAGCCUGAUAACGGGAAAAAAAUAUAAAUUAAAUUUUAUUUCUAUUUGUAUGAAUGGUGACGGUCUUCUUCCACUUUCCUAUCCACGAGGGAAAAGACUUUGAUACUUUGUUUCUCUUCUUGUAGUUUUUUUUCCGCCUGUCUCUAGUCAGUGGAGGACUUGUCUAAUAUAUUAAAUGAAUUUAUAUAUACAUAUAAAUAAAUAAAAUGAAUAAUUUUAACUUGUAAAGUCAACAUGAAAAUGAUAGUCUAAUGUAGCUUUUUUCUAUUGAAAAUUAGGCAAUUGUACAUUUUAUCUAAUAAAUGAAAGAAUUAAUAAUA